AUGGACUGUUACUGGCUCGUGCAAGUGUCACAGGGAAAUCGCAUUGAAUUAAACUUUCGAGAUUUUGCGGUAAGAACGGUUAUCGCUUCAAACUAUGUAUUUGAUGUACCUUUCUGAAAGUUGUAUUGUAAGCUAUAACGUUCUUUUCUCUUCUCUUGUAGAUGGACGCCGUUCCGGUAAGAUCUUUUUUCCCUACCUUGAACUCUGAUUACAUCUGAUAUCUGAAACGCAUUUCCAUUACCAAGUGACUUAAUCUUUUAACUCAUGUAAUGGCCCAUGAAUGAUGAAAUUGUAAUCAUCACGUCGAAAUACUGCCGAAGCAAUUCUUUUCCUACAAUAAUGCAGGUGUUUCACAAAGUAGAUAUUAAAAUCGAGGAAAAAAAAAGAGAAAAAAAGUUUCCAAUUUCUUAUUACUAAACAGAUUGAAGAAGCUGGAAAUUGUCCAAAUGACUAUGUUGCGGUAAUAGAAGGUUCCUUUGGAAGCACUGACGUUAUAAGGCGCCUUUGUGGCAGUAAUCAACUGCCAUCUAAUCAGUCAACUAUUGUUUCUUCGAGUAACUCACUCCUUGUGCAUAUGCACACAGACAGCGUGAACGGGAACCGAGGGUUUGUAGCAGGACAUGAAGGUAGGAAUACUUUCUAGUUAUGUCACGCUUUCGAGUGGUAUUCCAUGGAAUAUUCUCUAAAACAAUUGUACUUUCUCAAUAUGCUUUCUUAAUAUGUAAUAUGUAUACUGAGAACAAACCGUGCCAUUAUUCCAUAGUAUACAAGAACAAGCAUCGCAAAACUACUUCAAACCAUGCAUCAGAAACACAGUGGGGGAACAAAAUCAAUUCAAGCUGCCUUCAGACCCAUUUCAAAUGACUUUGAACGCCUUGAAAGCGAUUUUAACAUUCUUUCGAUGACUUUCAAAAGUUUAAUUAAUUAAAUUUAUGUCACAGAAUACAAGACAUACAUUAUAAUUAAAGACAUAAUGGUCAAACGCUUUGAUAAAUCUGGAAUAAAACUGCAGCAUACAAUGUGAAGGUAAAGUGUAACACAAUGGAGUAAGCUUUCCUGUACUCUGAUUGGCUUCAUUUUCUACGCCAUGGAAUAAAAGGCAAAUGUUAGGUCUCUGCGUUUUGAUCAUUAAUUGCAUCAAUAAAAUCCUUGUUAAAUUAAGAUUCGUUUUAGAUAAACAUACGCUUAAUCGUUUGGGUCAAGAUCUGAAAUUACUUGUAAUAUUAGAUCGAGAAUCGAUACGGUUGGACUACAUUACUGCCAGUCAGGCGACGAAGAUGAGCAUUGCUGUUUAUGUAAAAUAACUAUUAGUUAAUCCUCCAUGUUUCAGGAAUUUCGAUUCCGCUGUCUUUGUUGAUGAUAUUGCCAUGAAUUCUUAUUUUGAUUACCUCUUGAACUUUACACUUGGAUCAAUGAGAGCGCACCAAAAUGUAUCAAACUAUAAAACCAUCAUGCUAUGGCGACGCGUAAUCAUUCAAUCUCAAGUAAAGACAUCUUUAGCCUCAAUAAAGUUUUCAUGUUUCGUCCAAGUUUGUUGAUAAGGAUAGAGUCAAGAAGGUGCAAGGCAAUCCGGCCACUCUUUAAAAAAUAUAUUUUAAAUCGAACACUGGACUUCUUUUAAGCAUAUAUCUAUAUUUCUCCAGGUAUUUGCAAAGUGACUUUUUCGACGGUCAAUGGAACCAUUAUGUCCCCAAAUCAUCCGCAAAACUAUCCAAAUGGUGUUAAAUGCGAGUGGAUUAUAGACCUUGGUUCUGGAUAUGACAUCACGCUUACAUUUCACAAAUUUGUGUUGGAAACAAAAGAAAAUUGCGAAUAUGAUUGGGUAAAAGUGCAGGAAGGAAACACCGCAGACGCACCAGAAAAAGGCACUUUCUGCUCAAAUAAGCUGCCUCCAGAUAUAUUUACAGAAGGACCGAUGAGGAUCGUCUUUGAAACGGACCGAGACAAAGAGUAUGAAGGAUUUCAUAUGACAUGGUCAGCAGAGGGUAAGAUAAUCACUGUGAGAAAUGUCUUUUAUUCAAGGUAUUUAAAAGCACACCUUGAUUACUGGAAUGGUAAUGCUCUGACAAUAAGUCGUGCAUACAAAGAAUAAUUUUUUUAAAACUCUAAACCCGUCAUCCUCAUUAUUGUUAAUAGACGAAAACGAAUGCCUUGACUCCGGUACCUGCCAUGCCAAUGCCACUUGUGUUAACACCCCAGGCUCCUAUCAGUGUACCUGUAUGCUUAGUUACACUGGGGACGGUAAAUCCUGUACGUGGUACAAAGGUAAAAAAUCGCAAUUAAAUUGAUCAAUCCUUAGAAAUAUUCAGCUUUAUACAAAGGGUAAAUUGAAAGAUGUAGAAAACACGUAGCUUGUUCCUUGAAGGGACUGAAAUACCGUGGUAUAUAAAGCGCGUGUUACAGAGAAAGACGUAGGGGAAAGGAUGAACAGUUACAUGUAAGAGCGGACAGAUUCAUCUGAAACAAUCAUAAAAAGUUCAAAUUUCUACUGUUUUAAUGAGCCCAUACACGCAUAUAAAACACUUAAGAUCCUCUAAUUAAUUGACUCAGAAAUUUCAUUAAAAAAAUGUCAUUUUAUCUUGGUUAUAAUAAACAGCUGACAAAGAAUUAUUGACCGAGGUGAAGGUCAAUAAUAAUGGUGGUGGCUUCCUCGGAGGCUGAUGCAAAAGUACAUUUGGAGUUUGAAUAGCCAUCAGAGUGCGCCUUCAAUGCUAUCCACUGUUUACAUUUUGCACAUACAUUUAUCUGAUUGUGCUUUGCCUGAUAUUUUACAGAUUUUAAUGAGUGUGACUUAAACCUUGAUAACUGCCAUGAGGACGCACUCUGUAUAAACACGCUCACCCACUUCGAGUGCAGGUGUAAACCUGGCUUUUUAGGAGAUGGCCUUCACUGCGUUGGUAAGUGCAGUUCUCUUAUACCUGAUUGAAAAUACAUCAUCUUACCAAAGCAAACUGAACUUAGUAAUACAAGGCGACAGUUAUUCAUCUUUGAGAACUAUUUGCCAGGUCCGUUUCUUUUCUCCCCUUCGAGUACACCAUUUCGGAUGUAUCACUAGUGGUUUACGCCUAUAAUGAGACAUUAUUCUUCUUACUUAAUGACCUCAGCUUUAAUUCUACUAUCACACCACAGUCAGAGUAGCACAACAUUUCUACAUUGUGUUAUUUCCAAUGAUGUUGGUUGGGCUCUUGAGCUUCGUUUAAAUCGAUAUACUUUAGGUCUUACAUAAAAAGAUUUAGCGUUUUCCGAAUAUAAGGGUGGAUUACAAAUUUCAUUUGAAAUUACCACUGUAGAGUCAGAGCUUUCGCAGUUUAUCCAAACAACUGUCUGUGUUUUGCUCCGCCCACAGGCUUUGAUCACCAAAUUUCUAACGGUGCUGUAUGUUUUUCAGAUAUCAAUGAGUGCGAAAAUGCUGAAUUGGCCUACAAGCAUAACUGUCAUAUGAAUGCCAGCUGUACUAAUACACAUGGAUCGUUUCUUUGUACGUGCAUAUCAGUGUACACAGGAGAUGGCGUCACGUGCACAGGUACCAUGUCGUAAAUAAUAGAAGUGCCUUGAAUGAGAGAUAAAAUUUUAAUAACUAAUUCUAAACACUUUCAGAUAUAGACGAAUGUCGAGUGGACACUCAUAAUUGCCAUGCAGAUGGUGUGUGCAUAAAUACAGACGGCUCAUUUCGGUGUGAAUGUCAAAUGGGAUAUUCCGGCAAUGGAGUCCUUUGCUCAGGUAGAAACAGGGUGUGCAUGUAUACAACAGAAAAUCAAGGGACAUUGAUAGAAACUCUUAGUCCAGGUCACGGAACACGUCAAUUUCAUUUACGUUAUUUAUAGAAAUUCCUAAAGAAAGAAAGUAUUUUUUUCCAAGAAGUCGGCUUAAAGAGUGACAUCGAUCCGUUUCUGUGAAUAAACGACCGCUAUCAGCUUCCUUUGCAUGAAUUGGGGUUCCCAAUUAAAAAUAGGAAAAUAAACUCGAAAAUUGGAAAAUAAACUCGCAAAUUGGAAAAUAAACUGGGCAGAUUGCCUUAAUCGCCGGUGAGUUACUCUUCCUUAUUGGAGAACAGCGAGGAGACUUUUUUUCUGAUUCAAAUAACUUCGGAAAAGAUAAGCUACGUAGAUAAACUGCGUUAGGAAUCCACAGUGUGGACGUCCGGGGAAGCAGACUUAUGCUGCUUGCAACGCUGAGAAUACCCUGGAAAGCGUCAUUUUUGACAUUUCUCUGAUUGUGCCCCUCUGUCCCCGUAUUUUCUCGUGUUGUAUAAUCGCGUUUCUUCAGGCAUACCUCAAUGACCUUAUACGAGCAUUACCAUACAUGCAGUUGAGUAUUACUUAUGAUCAUGACCUCAAUCUGAGGAGAUCCUUGUUCGUGUCUUUAGAGCAGGUUAUUUUUUAAAUUUUUUUUUGUUUUGUCAUCAAUGGUCUCGGCCUAAAAGUAAAGGCUGCCCAAACAAGAUUACUUAUAGAGUGCAUUUUUUAAUGCAUCUAAUUAUCUUUUCAUAUUUUAUAUAAAGACGUCGACGAAUGCACCGAAAAUACAGACAACUGUCACAAUAAGGCCACUUGUGCCAAUACCAGAGGAUCUUAUGUCUGCACUUGUAAACAAGGAUAUAGUGGAGAUGGCGUCAACUGUGCAGGUUUGUUGAGGAGUAAUAACUACGAAUGAUGGUUACAUGCCGCAAAACUGCAUGUUUCUCUAACUUUAUCGUUGGUAUUUGCUUUGUUAAAGCGUCCAAGUUGAGAGACAGAAGAGUAUAAUGGUUCGUCCUUCGCUAGUUUCGUUCUCAAAUACUGUGGGUUUCAUGACACUCCUGCUCUUACCUAAGAUGCCGGUUUUUGACAAACUUGAUUUUUUUUUGGGCAUUUUUCGCUCACUAUAACGUAAUAGUCAUUAUCGACGAAGUACUUUUCAAGAAGGUAGUGUUGUUUGAUUUCAGACAUAGACGAAUGUUCCCUUAGUCUUCACGACUGUCAUGCAGAUGGACACUGUAACAAUACUGAGGGAUCAUACUAUUGCACUUGUGACAAUGGAUACACGGGGAACGGAGUUUCAUGUACUGGUAAGAGUUAUCAAAAGAUAUCAUACGAAUACUUAGUAUACUGCAUGGAUUUAAUAACCUAAUUCAAAUAGUAUGUUUGUUGUAAUAUGACAUUGCCCCAAACAAAUCGGGCUUUACAAAGCAAACCGUGAGCCUUGCAAAGUACUGGAUUUGAUCGAAAAGUGUGUAAUGUCAUAUUCAGCGAACACAAUAUGGAUCAGGAGUUACUCGCAUAAUAACCCAAAUCGUCCCACCAUUCGCGAUACAGACGCAUUGUAACACUACCUCUCAACAGGACCUAGCUUCAAUGCACCAAUUAAGGUAAGAGGAUUUAUCAUUGUGUCAAUUUGCAUUAUUUUUUCAUUCAGAACAUAAUCUGUGGCUAACUGUUGAAAACAAACCUUUUGCAAGUUUUUCAGUGUAUUUAAACAUGUCUAAGCAGCUUUAGCGUCUCGACUACGACAAUCAAUGAUGAACAAAGUCAACGGUACUGAAAGCGAUCAGAACAAGUUUACUAUACUGUUCAGGUAACUGCUAUUAAAUGCUCGUAUUAUUCCUGUUAGUUGAUACUCACUUGGGAGUAUGAUUUAUAUUCACUUUGGGAGGACUAAAAAAUUGGGUCUCAGCACUGGCUGUCGUAAAAUGGUGCCUCUUGGCCUAGGAGUGAAAAUGAGCUGUCCAAAUAUCAUGCUCGGGAAGGCUGAGUUGCCAUAAUCCUAGUCACUUAUCGCUGCAGAAGACAUAAUAAAGUCCUUAGGCUAUGUGAGCCAGCCUUUUCUGCAUACAGUUGUAAUUUAUCAUAGACAUAAUGAUGAGACAAGUCAGCAGGGUUUAAAAAUGGGAACACGUAAAGACCAAAUUUCUGCAUUUUGUAAAUGAUAUCAUUUUCAGUACCUAGUAAACCAGAUCAUCAUAAGUUUCCAGAAAACAUGGGCAGCUCAUUUACUCUUACGUUUGUGUCAUCAGUAAAACUGAAGGUUGGUUUAAUUUUUUUUAGGAGAUAUAUCACAGAGCAAGAAAUUAUCGGUAGCGGAAUGGGCAGAGAGACUUAACCGUGUAUGUCUUUGCCCGACCAUCUUAUGUGGAGUCCGUGUAUAAAAGUGGGUAUCACAUAUGAUAUUAGUGCACUAUUACUGACUGGCUGAAAUCAAGGCAUUCCUAUUGCAAAAUAGAAUUUCAGCUAAAAUAAUAAUCUCACAUAUGUAGAUUGAGUCCAUCGCUCCUUUCUUUGUAAUCGUAAAUCAAACUGAAACUGAUGCAACUAACAUAAUGUGCUUUUAACUGUUAAUUGUACUUUUAUUCCUAAAAAUCAGUUAAUCGUUGCUAAUGUACUAACCUGGCGGUUACUUUCUAACAUGCAGGGUGAAGGUCGCUUCGCUUCCUGAAAGGUUUUAACAAUACCUAACGCUUGCUUUAACAUGCAUCGAUAUCGAUGCUUGUUAAUUUCAUCUUGCUGUUUAUGAGUGCGUUACCAUUCUCUACACUGACCUUUUAAAAAUAUAGGUGCAUGUAAAAAAACACUUCAUAAAAUUUGUUCUGAGGCACAACAGAACAGAACCCCCGGUUAGUUCAUUAAAUCUAUCUAAACUUUGUGGCAAUGACAAACGCAGAACAUUUUUAGGGAAAGUAUAUAUAUAUAUAUAUAUAUAUAUAUAUAUAUAUAUAUAUAUAACCCAACUAAUUUUCGUCUCCACCAUUAAAAAUUAUGGAUAGUAGUAUGCGUCGUAACGCUUUCUGAAGUAUAAGUCUGGUUAAAGCGAUUUAAAGGCCUUGGAUUUUUCUUAAUGUUUUAUGUGUAAAGAAUUAUAUAUGGCUCAAGUUAAUUAUAUAUUUUCAGGCCUGAGAUUUGUUUUCUCUGGUACAUGUAAUUAGCUGUCUUUAUCCUCGACUUUUUUUACGUAGCUCAGAUUAGAUUUGAGAAAGAUUUAAAACUGAAUACAUUAUUAGACAAUAAGCCUUCGCGUUAAAGGUCGAUGAUAGUCGAUCUUGAUCUUUUGUUAUCUCCUUUCACUUAGAUAAUCAAUUGGCGUAAGUCUAGCAGCACUACGUAACGGAACAAUCAGCACUAUACUCAUGUCACAUGACGUGGAGGUACUUGUUUAGGUUCUCGAUAACUCUUUUUUUCAUUGUUUCAAUGGUUCUGAUUGUGGCUUCAUGAUGACUUACUGAAAAAUUCUUGCUGUAACGAAUUCUUAUUCACGAGGGAAGGUUGCAAAACUGAUUGUGCUAAAACAAUUGCACGGAAAGGGACAUUUCCCCCUUUGCACAUGCACUGGCGAGAUUCUACAUUCGCGCUGGUUAUCCUUAUCGUUACUAACACAUGUCAUACUGCCCUUAAUUAAUCAUUUAAAUGUCUAAUUUGCGUUCGUGCACUGUUCUUUGUGGUAACCCCUGAUCCAUUGCUGUCUUAAUAUUAAUGCUCCCAACGUGUUUCGUUAAAAUGUCUGUUCUAUGGCUAACUGUAACAAUUAUGAUGCUUAAUGCUGCGAUACCAGCCGUAAAUUUAAGAAAAAUGUAUCUGUAUACUACUUGUAGUGUGAGUGAUGGUCAUGAUUUGCCUUAGAUCAACUUUCACAAAAAGGUAAAUUUGAUGACGUACCCAAUAGUAAAUGCAAAGGAAUUUAAUCAAGCGGUAGAACACAUUUUCCCACGCGAGAAAGGCUAGUAAAACACAAGCUGUAAGGUGAGUGAUUUAAAAAAUUUUUGUUUUAAAACCGGGAAAAUGUGGACUACUGCUUUUAUGACACAACUGUGCUUGUGAUUUAACUAGAGGACAAUGAAUUUAGCGUCUGUUCGGAAUUAAGUCACUGAUUCUCAUUAAACUUGUCAAAAAGUGCGACAAACCAAUCAAAGCGCGCGCAAGGAAUUAAACAACCGAUUAGAAUGACAAUAAGUGGAUUAAAGACUGAAAUAAUAUUAAGAAUCCCAGCGGAAACUGCUAUAAGGAAAAUACAAAACAAAAACCUUAAUUUGCUGCUUAAGAAAAUUAAUUUUGGACAAGGAAAACGCUAUCUUUGUGGUUAGAGUAUAAGUCUUCCUCAACAAUAUUCAACUGACGCGUACGGAAAGUUUGCACGUGCAGCACAGUUUUUGAGUGCUUUUUUUUUCGGAAAAAGGGUUGGUGACAAACUAUAGCCGUUACUGUUUUUUUCCCCCAUUUUAGAAAACAAUUCUAAACUCUUGAGGACUUGAAUUCGCUGUAUUUUAACGAAUUAAAAGCCGCGAAAUCGAGCCACAACAACACGAGCUGUGUUCAGAAGUUUGACUGCCGUUAAACCACUUUUAUCGCAUCUACUUAGAUUAGAAAUUCCUGAGGCCUUUGUUGGUUGCUCUAAGAUCAAUCCAAAAAUACAACCAUCAGUACUUGUAAUUUGCUACAAUCGUGACUCAUGACUUAACAUUGAUAAUUAUGUUUGAGAACGGUCUUAGAUAAGUUAAACUUUUACUGCAUUCUAUCUACGAAUGAUGAAAUUCACUUUACAAUCUAAAAUUUAAGAUGCAAGAACCAUUUUGGUUAUUCUCUCGUUUCUCCUUAAGGCGGGGUUGUCGCUAAGAGAUUAGGCUGUCGGCAGAAAUUUUAAGUUAUGCGGUUUAUAGAUGGCUCUUCAUAGAAGGUGCUUUGUGUGAAACGGAAGACCCGGCCUAGUAAUGACAUUUUGUUCACAGUCAUUGCCAAAGCUGUGAUUGUGUACCAACCAAGUUUCCUGUUUACAAAAUGGUGAUCACAAUUGACAAGUGCUUAAAACAGCGUUUUAUUUCAGCUAUAUUUAGUAUUCGUGAUAGUUGCACUAAUACUAAGGUUGGUCAGGCACAUAUUCAGAUUUUUUCGUUUGGACUAUCGCCGGCAGGUGGUGUUAGCGACAACCCUGGUUCGCAUCCUUCUGUUUGUUAUCCUUAAAUGAAACUGGAGAACUUUUUAAACUUUACUGUUGAAAUUUGACGCUGUUUAUUUUUAGAUAUGGAUGAGUGUGAAUCUGUAGGUGACGUUCCUUUUGGAAACAACUGUCAUGAUUACGCCAACUGUACCAACACUAAGGGAUCAUUUCAAUGCACGUGUCAUACGGGAUACUCUGGUGAUGGAAUUAUUUGUGUUGGUAAGCUCUUUGUCAGGGAAUAACGCCAAAAAACGAACCAGCAAGCUUUAGUAUAAUUACCCGGGUCAUAACAGAGAUUCUCUUGCUCAGAUAGGUUGCACAUUGCUUCAUAUCUCGCCAUAAUCACUUCGCGUGAGGAGACCAUAGCGGGGGCGCUGAAUUUCAAAAUGGCUGGCUCGCGUUUAGUCAAUGUUACCAAGGAAAUGAUAAAUGCGAUAGAAUAAUACGAGAUUCUUCAGAGUGCAAAAAAUGCCACUAAGGUGGGCGCAACACUUUUCAAAGUUAGAACUAGAGGUUUUCGCGGAUUUAACGAAAUAAAUCUGUCAAAUUCUAAUGAAAAAACUGGUUGCUUAUCUCGAUACAGGUUCUCAAAACAAUUGUAGAAAAAAAAUGCUUAGUGCUUUCUUUAUUUACAGUAUGGUUUCAACAACUAAACGAAUUCACUUCAAAAUUCGAAGCGCGAAGGUAAACGCAAGUUAACGAAAACUUUACCUCUCCGUAAGGCGAAAAGACGGCUAGCUAGCUAGUUGUCACUGUCAGUUACUCUCGACCGUCAACUCAAGUCAUCACCACACCACAAUAAAAUUUCCAUUUGCGAUAACCACUUGCUUAGCGAAGCCAAUUAAACACCCAUUUCUUACCUCCGAGGGCAAAAUAGCUGGCACAGUUCAUGAAACUCCAAUAACUAGUGAAACUAUCAAGAUGACAAAGUUGAGUUAACUGAUGUCAACAAUCACUACUAUCUGGUUCUUCCUCUCCAACUUCUUCUGUAAAAGAGGAUGGGAAAGUAAACAUUGACUAAAGAACUCGAUGAUUUGCCUCAUCGAAACAGCUGAUGAAAAAUGUUCUCUGUAUUAAACAAGAUCGAGAUGGGAGCGCUAUUGACAAGCAAAAACCAUGCUCACACAGCUGGCCUCUUUAAGGAGAAGUCCAGAUUACGUCCUGAAGCUGUAUUUUAGCCAUCGAAAUUCAAACUUUAGCUCCGCGAAGUUCUCUCUCACAACAAAAAUUUGAUAUGAAUAAAGACAACUUGGGGACAAUAUGUUGGAAACUACGCAGCAAAAGAUGACAAAGAAAGCAGCGAUCUUCAGUUCCUUAUCUGAAAAACCGUUCGACAAUAAUUACAGUCUUGUCCGUCCAAAAAUAAUAUAGAAACAUAUAAAAUCAAGGCUAUCAUAAGCACAAAAACGAUACAAGUAUAAAAGCUACUGUAAGCGACACUCAGGCAUUUAAACAAAUGUCAUCAAAAGCAAAGAGGGUCCCGAAACAUCUCUUUCGGUUCACAACAUUCAUGACUACAUUUUUACUGCAGUGCACUCCUCAAGAGAUCAAUGAUUGCGAUUGGGAAGAAAAGAAUAUAACCUUUUGUUAUCCUCCUGUUUGAAUUCUGCAGCAUCUAUUCCUUUUUCCUGAACAAAUUAGAGUAGACGUAAAAGAGAGUGGUCGUAACAGCCUAAACUGUGAAAUCAGCGUAACCCUUUGUUUAGCCAAUAAGUCACCUCUCCUUACCCCUCAUCCUAAUUUUCUACUUCUACUCUUUUGGGCUACAUACCCAAGGAUACCCAAACAAAAGUUGUAACACCUAACAAUUCUCUCUUGAAACCUGCUGAGCACGAUUUAAACCAUGUGGUGGAAAGUUUCCGUAGGCAUUGAACAAACAAUAGCGUCAUCGUCCUAAGACAAAUCGGGAAAUUUUGGUAUCGCAAAUUUACAAAUUGCUCGUUUACGUUCACUGUCGACGCAAACAAUGGCGUUUAAAGUUUUUGACUGAACCAGCCGCAACUUACUUCUUUUUAGACAUUUUAGCCCCACAUUUUCCCUCGUUCAUUCAGUUUUUUGCUUCAAUCAUGUGCAGCUAUAGAUUGACCAUUUGGUCAACGCAACAAAGUCCAUGUCUCUGUUCUUCGAUGUGUGACGAGUCUUUGCUGUAAUACUCACCUGUUAAAAAUAUACUAAACAAAAUAUUCGAUUCAGGAUCAGAGAAUAAAGUUGAUAAUCCCCAAAACGAAUUCGAGGCGAAUAUUCAAGAAUAUUUCACUGAGCCUGAAGGGAAUAAUCGUUAAAUUCUCAUAGUUUUGGAUGCAGUUUUAAUAACGAACCCGAGGUUGAGGUAAUAAUUAAAAAUCUUUAAAUCGUACAUUUUGUGAUUAUUUUAUGCGAUAAAAGUUUGAGUGGCUUAAAAUUAAAAAGACCGCCAGACUCUUUUUGGCUACAGUCAGUUAGGUCGCCCAGUAUGAUAUAAACCGUUUUGCCUUGUAUGUGUGUUUAUACAUGACAAAGCUAGCUAGGAAAACACCUUGACUUCUUAUUUUCUUCAUCAAGAUAUCAACGAGUGCGACCGACUCGGGUUGUCAACUGAACAUCAGCAACCGGGCCAUGUUUGUCAUGAUGAUGCUAACUGUUCAAACACUAAGGGAUCUUACUUUUGCACCUGUCUGGACGGAUAUUCUGGAAAUGGAUUGCACUGCGAUGGUGAGACACCUUUAAAUUAAGUGGACUCAAAUAAAGCAGGCUUUAUUUCUGGACAGAUUUGCUCAAUGUAAAAAAAAUUAUGAAAAAGGUAGCCUGGACUAUUUUCUUCUGGUUGAACGUCGUCGCUUUUGCUAUCAUGAAUUUCUAGGUAUUUUUUCAUGCUCUUUUUAUGGACGUUUGUUCGGUUCUUGUCUCAUAAGGGGUACGUGAAAUACCAACCCAGAAGAUGACUUUUACAUUACCGCACUGUAAUCUAAUAUUAUUCAUUUGUUAGAUCUCGAUGAGUGUUCAACUGAUAGACAUAACUGUCGUGUCACCGCCAACUGUACCAACACAAAAGGAUCAUUUCACUGCACGUGUCAUUCGGGAUACUCUGGUGAUGGAGUCGCAUGUGUCGGUAAGACAUAGGGAUAGAAAUAGUCAUUGAAAGAAAGAGAAAAUUUAAGUUAUUUUCUAGUUGAAUAGUUUAACAUUUUUUAUGUAUUUUCAUGUAGAAAGUAAUGGAUUGUAAGCUAAAACGAUGGAACAAAUGUUUAUUUAAACGAUGAUUGGAAGGUACUGUAUAUUAUCAUAUUAAAGGAAAAGAGACAGGAAAACAAAUAAAAGGAAAAUAGGCUACUUAUGCCUAAAUAGAUAGAUCUCGUAUAUUAUGCGGACAUCUUAAUUUGGAGUUCUCAGUUACAAAAUUGACAGAACCUUACCAGCUUUUGUGCAUUUCUAGCAAAUGUAACCGAAUUAUCGGAGUAAUAAGUUUAAUUCUGUUCCUUAGGACAGCAAACGGAAAUCUGCUUUUGUUUGAUAACUACCCACUAAUCAAUGGCAGGCUUGUGUUAGAAAUCGAAACCUCUCGAUUAAUUUCUACUAUUUGCUUUCUUGCUUUAUUGCCCCACUCACUACGAUGUACUUAAACAUCCAUUUGUGUUCCUAGAUGAAAAAAACAAAACAAAACAAAAAAGAAUUCCAUUCUAUCAAGAGCACGUUUAUUUUCCUCCCAUAAUGUUUAAAUUACGUUUUUCCAAAGACAUUAACGAGUGCAACCGACCCGGGUUGUCAGCUGAGAACCAAGACUUUGGCCACAUUUGUCACGAUGAUGCUAACUGUACAAACACUGAGGGAUCUUACCUCUGCGCAUGUCUAAACGGAUUUUCUGGAAAUGGAUUAUACUGUGAUGGUGAGGAAAGUCAUAGAUGAAUUAGCACGCGCUUUUAUUUAUGGAUUGAAAUAUGGGUUGGGAUUGCCUUUGGGUUCACGGUCCCUGAUAAUGGAAUUGUGUCAUGAUGUUUGAUAUGGAUGUCUCGGUGCGAUCUCUCGAUAGGAAAAAAUUGCUCUGUUUACCUACAGAAUGAUCUGUUGUUAGGCGCUAAUAUUUUUAAGGACAUUAUCUAAAAAAUAAGCUGCGUUGAGUGUGAAACUGUCAACUGAGUAAAGGUAUAAAUAAUUCAUUCUUUAGAUAUCAAUGAGUGCUCAAAUGGAAAACACAACUGUCAUCCUAUUGCUAACUGCACCAACACCGAAGGAUCUUUUCAUUGCACUUGUCACUCAGGAUAUUCUGGAGAUGGAGUUUCCUGUUCAGGUGAUAAUACAUGAGUUUAUUAUGUCGCUUAGUGAUCGUUGCACCACUUAUAACUAGGUUCUGUCCUUUUCAAAACCUUCAUUCCCUCCAUCGAAACUUUAUGCCAAAACGAUACACUCAAAUUGACAAUUAGAACCUUUCUGUCAAGUGCGUUACUGGGACCAUUAUAACUAUGUAAAAGUUGAGUUUUCCCGUCGCCUGACGAGUAAUCUUAUCUUAUUAGAUAUCGAUGAGUGUGUAACUGGAAGACACAACUGUCAUGCUGACGCCAACUGUACCAACACUAAAGGUUCAUACUAUUGCACCUGUCAUACGGGAUAUUCUGGUGAUGGAGUUACCUGCCAAGGUAGGCUGAAUGUUAUCAAUUUAGUACUAAAAGAUUGGAAACCCUCGAUUUCCUAUAUCCUUUAUAGAAGAUUUUUAUAAUAAACUUUACUCUCAGAUAUAAAAGAAUGUCAGUCUGAAAGUCUGGCGCCUCAUCACAGCAAUUAUCGUCAUAAUUGCCAUGAAGAUGCAAAUUGCACAAAUACCAAAGGAUCAUUUUAUUGCACGUGUCAUCGCGGCUUCUCCGGAAACGGUGUAAGUUGUGAAGGUAAGUAAACAUCAACGAUGAAAUGUGUUUCUUCGUAAAAGAAAACAUCAGAUCACUUCUGUCUUGGGCCUUGUUGAUUUCCUCUUCACCAAUCGGUAGCUGAGUAAUAAAAAAAUUUUCUGAACAGCACUCUUACUCGUAGUUAUGCAAUAGAACCUAGGGAUGUGUAACAGUCUCUCGCUGAAAGUGGCACAUAUGAUUGACCGCUUAGUUCGUCGUCAUUCGUAAACACACGGCAACAGGUCAUAAAAUAAGAAUCAAGUAACACCGUCGGCUUAAUUUCUAUUGGAGACAUCUCGCUACAGACGGUCCACCAGUUUGAGUUCGACUAUAAUAUCAUGGCAUGUCACGGUCCAAAACUGAAAUGAGCAAAAAUGACGCUAAUAGCAACAGGGAAAGUAAUUCAAACGAAGAAUUGUAGUUCAUAUAAUCAUUUGAAUCUAAUGAUAACUUACACAGAAUAAAGAGUUCAUUAUAAAAUAAAUACGUUUUCCCUAUUUAGAUGUGGAUGAGUGUUUUCCUAAUCUGAACUCUAGCCAGCAUGCUUAUUUGACUCAUAAUUGUCACGAUGAUGCAAACUGUACCAACACAAAAGGAUCCUUCUACUGCACGUGUCUUAAUGGUUAUUCUGGUAAUGGAGUAACUUGUGUAGGUAGGUAAAGGAUGUGUCAUCAUGCCAUUAAUGUCACCAACAAAAUCAAUCUAUUCACGUCGGUCCUACCCAAGCAAGCGUCAUAGGCUAAACUGUUUGAACCGUAUUUUCACGUAUACAGGAUUUCAAAUGCCAUCUGGUUUGAUUGACCGUCAGAUGGGCAGAGUAAGAAUGGCAUCCUGUCAACGGAAAUUUUUCCCACUUGAGAACUAUAGAGGAGGAGCAGAUCCUGGAACUCCUGAUCCAUAUCUCGUAUCCUCUGUUUGAUACGAGUAAACUGCAUUAAUUGAUAACAAAUUGCAUCACAGAGCUCCUGAUGCAAUUUGCAUGGAUUUCAAAGAAAUAGAUACUCGGCUUACUUAUCAAGAAAUAGGGAGUGAACAUAGCAUGCUUAGUUGCAUUAACCUUCCAGAUCUUCAACUAUAUUUUUGUUUGCCAAGGUCAUUAUUAGAUAUAAUAGAUAGCGAUCGUAAAUUGGCAUAGUGGUUUUAGUUUGUUUCAAACAUGUUCGGGCUUAUUUUUUAAACUAUUCUAUGGUGUGCAUAUAGUGCCACUUUUUUUCUUUCCCCAAAACACUGGUUAGACCAUAGGAGAAAUUUCUCCCUAAAAGUCAUUGACUUACUUGAAUUUUCAAAAUCUUCAUGAACAGCUAACCACAGCUGAAUAGAGGAAUUAACUCAUUGCAUAGUAUGUUGUCAUUUUUUUAAACUGGAGUUUUGAUUUUGUUGCAUAUCAGAUAUAGAUGAAUGUGCUACUGAAGUAGAUAACUGCCACCUGAAUGCUAAUUGUUCCAACUCGAAAGGAUCAUUCAACUGCACUUGUCAUACGGGAUACUCUGGACAUGGUGUUUCGUGUCAAGGUAAUGCUUGAUCAGGAAAGCUGUUUUUACAUGUUCUGUAAAGUUUACACAUUGCAAUGGUAUUCAGUGGUCGAACAACACCUGAUGAACAUUUUUUCGGGCAACCAUAACUAAAUUUAAUUUUUGUCAAAUUACGAAAUAGAAAAGCGAAACAGUUAGGAAGGCAAAUUAGAGUAAUGAGACUGGGUUGAUCCUACUAAAACCUAAGAAAGGAGUUUAUUGAGCCAUAUUUCAUACUUGAAUAUCGUAAAUUACUUAACAGAGACACAUUAAAUUAUAACGUUAUAUUACAAUUCUGCUUUAAUACAAAUAACACGACGUUAUACCUUACAGCGCUACAAUUUUUACCGAAAAUAAAAUUUAUAGUAGACUCAAAAUUGCAAUGUAGAUUUAAUUUAUCACCCAUACUUCUGUACAAAACACUAUUAUUAGACUUCUUAGAAAGUGUAAAAAGCAGAAAACAUGAAAUUAAUUUAGACUUUGCCCUCAUAGAUAUCGAUGAGUGCACGUCUGGAGCACACGAAUGUCACGCUGACGCCAAAUGCACCAACACAAAAGGAUCAUUUUACUGCGCGUGUCAUUUGGGCUACUCGGGAGAUGGAGUGAUCUGUGAAGGUAAAGUUAACGGUCGCUAUCAGAGAGACAUUUUAUCAUCGCUUAGUUUUCUAUCAACGAGAGCUUCACCUCUUUAACGCCGUCUACCAGUAAAUAGAUAACAGACAACCCUGCGGCUACUUAUUUUUAAAUAAUUAAAAUUUUUAGAUUUACAGGGCCGUAGCUAGCAUGAGGAAACAUGAGGCAAUUGCCUCGUCUUGAUUUUGGCCAAAGAUUGACUUUUCUGAAGAAAAAUGCCACGGAAAAUGCUUAAAAGAGCAUUUCUGAGCCUUUAUAUUUUAAAAUAUUCGGGGGGGGGUGCGGGGGGCAUGCCCCCAUAAGCCCCCUGGCGGCUCGCGCCUUCGGUGCUCGAAACUUGCUUCGUCUUUUUCUGAAGUCUGGCUACGGCCCUGAUUUAAAUCUCACAGCAGAAAAAAUUUCAAGUUUUGGUGGACCAAGAUGUGGUGGUAUGUGAAACAAUUCCUGUGCUUGCACUGUAAUUCUAUGAUAAGAUAUAUUGAGUUGAAAUGUGUACUCUAUAAAAAAAAGGAAGAUGUUAUACACUUAGUGAUGUUUUUGUAUGUUUUAAUUCUGUAGACGUGAAUGAAUGUUUUCCUGAAAAAAUACCAGAUGAACACGACUAUCUCGAACACAACUGUCACAGUGAUGCCAACUGUACCAACACUAAAGGGUCAUUUCAUUGCACCUGUUAUACGGGGUAUUCCGGAAAUGGGGUCGUGUGCACAGGUACCUUUGUGUGUGUAUGUGGAGAAGGAGUGUGUCUUGGAUGAAUCGUCACUGACGUUUACCAGAUUUUCUGGAAAAGCAUUAAAACAUAGGGCUGGCGAAACAUUAAACCUGACAUGGCCUAUUUUUAUUCCAAAGAUAUAAAUGAAUGCUACCCACCAGGAUUGUCAUCUGAGCACAAAGACUUGGCUCACAUAUGUCACGAUAAUGCAAACUGUACCAACACGAAAGGAUCUUACUACUGCACGUGUCUUAAUGGUUACUCUGGAUUAGGAGACAUGUGCACAGGUAUGGUUCUUUUAAGGCUUUAAGGCGCUGUAAAGACUCAUGAUGAACCUGGAGUUUCUUGCCACGGAGAUUCACAAUAGAAAACCUUAAGACUUAGGAUAACCCUUCUAAGAAGAAAACAGUGAAGAACUUGAACAUUGUGGAUACAUCGAGUAAAACAGAUGCAGUUAUUUUAACCUUGUCAUCAUUAGAUAUCGAUGAAUGCGGUACUGGUACGCACAACUGUCACGCUGACGCAAACUGCACCAACACCAAAGGAUCAUUUUAUUGCACGUGUCAUACUGGAUACUCUGGAGAUGGGGCUAGUUGUGAAGGUAAGUUCAAUGGACGGCAAUUGUUGGGUAACAAUCGCGCUUAAGCUUAUAUUAGAGUGGUUUAGCAAGAGGACGGGAACGUCAUUUCAGAACGGCGCGCGCAGCAAAAAUGCCGAGAAAAAACUGGGUCGAGAACGCCGUCGCGUUGUGUAGAAAAGUGACUUAGCAGUCGUUUCAACGAACCGUCCACGUUACAUUUGUUCUUGAAUAUCCUAACGUUGGCUCCUUAGGAUCAUUAUCAGCUUUGAAUUUUCGGUUUCAUAGACCGCUUGAAGGACAAAGAAAUUAUCCUCUUUGAGAUUCACUCUAACAAGCACAAACCCAGGAUAGCUUACUACAAGUGAGUUGUUAAUAUGGGCAUGAAUCCACAUGGGCAAGUAAACUUGCCCAUGUGGGCAGUUAAAUUAUUCCAUUCCAGUUAAGACUCGAGUCUGCAGAUUCAUCUAUCAAAUUUUGAAGCCCACUAAAUAUUUUUUUCUAUGAUUUGUGAUUUGUAUCGCUGUCAUUCCGUUUCGUGCUUCUAGAUUUCAGCACUACUUGUUUUUCUUCAUAAUAAUCGCGCGCUUUCCCGUUCUGAAAUGACGUUCCCGUCCUCUUGCUAAACCACUCUAUUGAAACGAGAUGUGUCUUCUUCAUUAUCGUGGUGUACUCUAUAUUGAGUGACCGUCUUACUUGGUGCAUAUACAUAUAUGUAUAUUUCGUGUUCAAAAACUCAAUUCACUUUAAAGUACUGUAACAAUACAAAGUUUCAUCUUUAUACAGUAUAAAGAAGCCUUGUCAAAACAGCCAUGUCAGUUACUUUCACUGCAUACAUAUCAAACAAACAUAGUACCUAUCUAGUAAAAUACUCCCUCCAUAAACGCGAAAUCAUACGUACAUUUAUAUGAUCAUUACGAUCCUGGUCUUUUUCUAGCCGUUGCAACACAUAUUGGGCUAUCUGUAUCUUUGUUAUCAACAAAAAUGUUCCACCGAAUCAAUUAAAAAAAUAACUCAUUAAUGAAGUAGCUUUGCUUUGCUCACUACAGAUAUUAGUGAAUGUCAGAUUCAGAGCCUCGCAUCUCAUCACAUCACUCAGUAUUCCCACAAUUGCCACAAUGAUGCAAACUGCACAAACACCAAAGGAUCAUUUUACUGUUCGUGUCACCACGGAUAUUCAGGCGAUGGUGUGAUUUGUUCAGGUAAUAAUAAAAAAAGGGUUCGUCAGAAAUUUCCGUCUCUUAACUUUUCACUCCUUAGAGCGACCAAAACGAAGUUCAUCCAACGAUAUUAUCGACCGCCGCCUGGUUAGCUCAGUUGGUAGAGCGCCAGUCUGCUGUGCGGGAGGUCGAGGGUUCGAGCCCCAGACCGGACCAACACUCAGGGUCUUAAAAUAACUGAGGAGAAUGUGCUGAAGUGGAGGUGAGAUUGUGACCAACACUCAGGGUCUUAAAAUAACUGAGGAGAAUGUGCUGCCUUUGUAAUUGUACCAGCAAAUGGUUAGACAUUCAAGUCUUCUCGGAUAAGGACUAUAAACCGUAGGCCCCGUCUCCUGCAUCUUCAGUGUUACAUGGUCAGCAGGGGACGUUAAAGAACCCACACACUUGUCGAAAAGAGUAGGGGGCGUAGUUCCCGGUGUGGUGGUCUAUCUGUUGUUUCAUUGUACAUUUCAUGCAUGGGCUGGGUGGGUGAGUGAGAUCAAAUAUGUGAGGGCCACAAGUUAUUAGCCUUUGGCUAUUAAGUGCCACCCUCUUUAAAUAAAGGCUUUACUAUUACUUGAUAUCAAUACAUUUUCAAGGAUAAAGGCGAUAAAGGAAAGAAGGACAUCACUUAGGUUAUAAUAUUUGGUUGGACGCGAAAUUCUUGGAGCUGACAUUACAUAAGAUGUAUUGUAUACAGCGAGGAAAAUUUUUUUAAGAUCCUGGGAACGAAUGGGUUAGCAGAAGAAGACAAUUCAAAGCCAAUAAAUCUACGUUCAAAUGACAUAGGGAAUCCCGACUUGAGCAACCCAGUUAUAAACCUAAUAAAGUUUGAAUUAAUUCCUCCCAAAAUAAUCUGAGACAUGACGCAAAAAGAAAGUAAAUGAAAUGUUAUUCUAUGAUAGAUGUAUAGAAACUCUGUGUAGGCCUUAGCUCAGCAAAAUUCGAUAAACUAGACACUCAGUAAUGUUUAAAAAUGUUUUAAUCCUUUUAGAUAUCAACGAAUGUUUUCCUGAUCUGAUUUCUGAUGAGCAUUCUGAUAUGGCUCCCAACUGCCAUGUUGAUGCUAACUGCACCAACACAAAAGGAUCAUUUUUCUGCACGUGUCUAGAUGGUUAUUCUGGUAACGGAGUUUCAUGUGUAGGUAGGUGAUUCUCGUGAAAGAUAUGCUGUCAUCAGGUGUAAGCUCUAUCGGUAUUCAAUUGAAGUUGAUAGAAGGUUAAGAUUUAUCGUACUUUGAAGUUAUCGCUCCAAUACAAGAUCGUCAUUUAUGAAAUGAUUAUGGUUGAGUAAAUCUCAAACUCUCUUUUCAAUGUGCCAGUGUCGACACUAACUAGCUUUUUCCAAAAGGUGAAUAGCCAUUUAUUUAGGAAUAUUAUUAAGUGCUAUUUAAAUUUCACAAUUUGCAACCUAAUUCACGUGCGCUAAAAUUUAAUCCAAAUUCAUCAGGUUUUUUCAAAACUAAUUUGCCACAAAAGUUACGUCCUGACUUAAGACUUACUUUCAUCACAACACAACAGACUCGUUGUCAUUGAGGACGUAGUCCUCUUGCUUACAGCUUUGCUGGGGGGAUUCUAAAGAAAUCGUGCGAAGAAUCCGAUUCUGUUUAACAUUUAGGAAAUUGUCUGAUUGCUACAAAAACUGAUUUUGAGAGAAAAUCUGAGGUGUGAAUCUCUUUAAUUUACAUCAGUUUAAAGAAGAAAGCAUUUCUUAAAUGAAAGGUAUUCCUUUUCCACUAGAAAAGAAAUGUUAAUUUUAGCACAAGAAGGGUGUCGUUCAUGAUGUCGAGACUAAGAGAAUGUCCAGGCUCAAGAGGAAAACGCCUUUCAAGACAAAACUGAAAAAAGCGAGGGAAACGCUCGUUGUUUAAGUAACCUCACCGGAGGGAGUUUAGUCUCAUGGUUGUUGAACAUGGAUGGUUAACUGGGAUGGAAAUGAUAGCGGAAAUUGAACAAGCAAAUGAAAUAAAAGGAGAUGCAUUUGAGAAGCAAAACGGUGGCAGCCUCAAAAACCAAGCAUCACUUCAGUGCUGCAUCAUAUCCAUAUCUCCGAUUUCGAGAAGUUGCCAACUAAGUAAUAUAUUUACGGAGAAAAUUUGAAGUAGGUGACAGGCCUUUUUAAAUGGGCAACUGUAACUGAUCAACUGACGUUUAAAUAAUGUCAAAUUUUUUUCUUCUUAACUUCAUCUGAUUUUUAUCAAAUUUGAUGUCGGUGUUGAAUUCCGCUAGCCAUCUGCUCGAAAACUCCUGAUCCAUUUUACUUUCUUGUAAACUUGUUAUUAGCAUAUCUUCUCUGCUAUCUGAAACUUUUUUGCCCGGUCUCCGUGCACUUGAUCGAAGGCUUUUUAAUUGAGGGUUCUUGAAUAUCAUUGCACUGAAUAGAACAUGAUAAAAGUGCAUUAGAACCCAAGCCCUUACAUGCUUGUAUUGUAGAUAUUGAGGAGUGUGAAAUAAACAAAGAUAACUGUCACAUGGACGCUAACUGCUCUAAUACAAAAGGCUCAUUUUACUGCACAUGUCACACAGGAUAUUCUGGGGAUGGCGUCCUCUGCAAUGGUAUGUUGUGGGACCAUUAGUUUUACUUCUUAUCAUCCUUUAUACUGGUGAAAAAAGGUAAUUUGGUUUCAUUAAUUGAGUUGAUAAUGUAAAUUGGCCACCGCAAAGAGUUUCAAAGCUGAAACAUUGACUGACCAUUGGCUUUCUUUAUGGAAAUGAAAUACUUAUCACAAUUUUUUUAAACAGUACUUCGCUAGUUUGCUGAGCAAAAUAGCAAAAUGCAUGUCACAAGAGACACCAAUAAAAAGAGAUGUACAUUUUGUUGAAAAAGGUGGUGGACAUAGUUUCUGUUAAACUGUAAAUAAAAUAUAUUUUCAGACAUCGAGGAGUGCGCCAUUGAUUCAGACAGCUGCCAUGCUGAUGCUAACUGUACCAAUACAAAAGGCUCUUUUCACUGCACCUGUCGCCAUGGUUACUCUGGAGAUGGAAUAAAGUGCAUAGGUAAUUUUAAUCCAAUGUUGGAUUAAGGAUCGGUUAAUCAUGAUUGGUAUUUUGAAUGUCUUAAAUUAUCCGGGAACCAUUUACUUGCAUACAAUCAAAGUUAAUCUCUUGAUUUCAAUAUUCUCGUAAGCUGCGUAGUAAGCUCCUCCGUGACUACGAGGAUUGCAGUUCUCCAUGAGAACUGUGUGAUGUCAAAGAGCAAUCCAAGCUAGAGCGUCACUUUUUAAUCUACAAAUAAAAUAAUUACGAUUUCAAAUCUCGUUGCAUUCGACCUGUUUAUUUUUUUAGAUGUGGACGAGUGUUUCCCAGAUCAGAUAUCUAAUGAUUAUCGCUAUCUUGAAAACAACUGCCAUGCUGACGCAAGCUGUUCCAACACUAAGGGUUCCUUCUUCUGCACCUGUCAUACGGGAUAUUCUGGGGAUGGAGCGGUAUGCAUAGGUUAGUGGACAGUCAUAUCCCUUUCCUCCUUCGCGUCACGAACAUUUACCAUUUUAGGACUCAUUUUCUUCUUUACUUUCAUCAAAAGAUAUAAACGAAUGCGACGAUUUGACAUUGUCGUCGGAGCACCAAGACAUGGCUCACAUAUGUCACGACGAUGCUAAUUGUACAAACACAAAAGGAUCUUACUACUGCACAUGUCUAAAUGGAUACUCUGGAUCAGGAGAGAAAUGCAAAGGUAAAAAUGAUGGAUAACUGCUUGGAUUCUCGUUAGCUCAUGUAUUUAACUAUUUCUCACUUGUUUUGCGUAUUCGUUGUCACUGAAUAAAUUUUUAUCUCGAGUUCAGUUUAUCUGCAAUUAAAGGUAAUGGCGCAAAUUACAAAAAUAUGCUGUUUGGUGGCAACGUGUCACCUAAAUAAGCAGAAAAUUCUGCGACUCAAAUGGACAUAAGAAUUUAAAAAAAGGCAGAACGAAAAUAGGCCAAAACAAUUGAGGAAAUUGAUAAUAUGCAACUUGCUACUACAGUGAACAAACCUGUGUCUAAAUUGCAAGUAAAAAGGUUUUUAUUCGAAAUGGGUGGGAUAGAGGUCAUUGGUAGUCGUGAUAAGAAAGGUUUUUGCUGGUCUCAUCAUUUUCUGGAAGACCAGCGUGAUUCAGGCAAUCAGUACAUGUAUCAAAACACUGACUUGUAAAGAGGUGACAAAAACCUUCAAUCAAUCAAAAAUAUAACUUACUGGAGUAACACAAGCGGAAAAAUAAUUCAUUUUUACAUAAAGUGGAUGUGAGUUGGAGGGCCUGAAUAUGAGUCGAUACUUUUUCUUAAAAUUUUGAAGCAAGCCGGCAUGCAGCUUUCCAGCGUAACUCGUCUAAUACAAGUUCGUUUCGAUGUUAUUUCUUUCGCAAGAUAUUGACGAGUGCACAUCUGGAACACACAACUGCCAUGUCGAUGCUAAUUGUACUAACACUAAGGGAUCGUUCUUUUGUAUUUGUCAUACGGGAUAUUCUGGUGAUGGAAUAACUUGUGAAGGUUAGUAAUAUGGUUUCCAUGUGGAUCAUUUAUAAAUUUCAAACGACGUUGGCUUCCGUUUUUACUGUUCAUCCUUCCAGUAUAAAUGGUGCAAUCAACAGUUACGUUUCUGAAACAAAGUAGUAUGAUGACCUGAACUGUAACCUGUCAUUAGUAAGUUGCUUCCUAAACUAAUGUUUUCCCUUCUCAAAUUUUACUCAUUAGAUUUAUAUCAACAGCAAAAACCUAUUGAAUAAAGCUAGCCGGAUGAGGCUAUGGUAUACACAUCAAACUACUGUGAUAGCUCCCUUUGUGGUGCUAAUGAAUCCAAGAUAGUCCUAAAUUAACAAAGUUUCCACCCAUAUGCUUUGUUUCUAGAGAGAGAAAGGUGACUUGCUAUUAUGUGCCAUUUUACACGAGCCGAUAAUUAUCUCAUUCUGUUUUCCUUUCUGGCCCAAGCUGAGGUUAAACAUUUUACACCUUCUUUGGCAAGAAUGGGAAACCAAUUAACGUGCUUAUAACGAACGUUUGAAUAAGAAUAGAUGCGCCUUUCCUCAAACUGAUUGGUUAUUUGUAUCGACUAAUAGUUAUUUUUCGAUGCAGAUAUAAGUGAGUGCGAAACAGAAGGCCUGUCACAAGAGCAUAAAGGUUAUGAGCAUAACUGUCACUCCGAUGCAAACUGCACCAAUACAAAAGGAUCCUUCUUUUGUACUUGCUUAAACGGAUACUCCGGAAAUGGUGUGGAUUGUGUUGGUGAGCUGAUGUAGAGAGAUACCUUAUUGAGUGUGUGCGAGUGUGUGAUAGCGAGGGAGGGAGGCUUGUUCUCACGGUUAAGUCGGUCUAUUGAGUGAGAUGUGUUUGUUAUCACUGUUGUUUUCUAUCUAGAUAUAAAUGAAUGCCACGCAAACAAUUUGGCUCAAGAACACGUGGAUGAAUAUUCUCACAACUGUCACGCUGAUGCUUACUGCACUAACACUGAGGGAUCCUUCUACUGCACGUGCCUCAAUGGGUAUUCUGGUAAUGGAGUUGCCUGUGUGGGUACGUUUAAACGGUAUAUGUAUGAAAUGAAGAAAUUCUAAAUUUAUAUCAGUAACCAAAAUGGCGAAAAGAUUUUUCAGCAUGUCUUUUGAGAGAACUCCUGAUCCAGUGUUUGAAGAUACAAGACACGUUAUACGUGGAAAGCUGUGGUGGGGCUAAUUAUAAAGCAAGAGCUAAAGCAGUGAUUUAAGCUUAUUCGAUGAUGGUUAAAAGCUCACAUUUUGCGAGGUUCACCGCGAAAUGUGAUCAAUAAUCAUAUAACCUGGAGUGAUAUCUACUAAACCAUGGAAUGGAGAGUUGAUACAAAGGCCAUAUUAAGCUGGUACAUAAGAAUAUUCUACCUGCGUGGUGACUUAUUUGACCUCCGUCUCAUAACGAUGAUUAUUUCUUGUCAGAAUUGACUUACCCAGACUGAAAAAAUCCUUUUCGAUAUUGUUCCAUGGGCUUAUUUCGUGUUUUAGGGUCCGAUUAAUAGUGUGAGCUGCAACUAAAACUGUACUUAACAAUAAAACAAGCUCGUUUAGUAAUUAGUAGUUAUUUGAUGAGGGCUCAAUCGACUAUCAUGCCCAGAAAUCAAGAGUGAAUAAUCGAAUUGUUUUGGUAUAAGUUUACUUGUCGUUCAGAGCUCAACCACAAGAUAGGCUCAUCUUUGAUUUUAUUCCUUUAUUUUUACACCUGCACUUUACUCUCUGUCUAUCACGGAAUAGAUAGUAAGUAGCGCAGCCAAUCAGAUAUCUAUGUUACUGAUCUUCUGGAGAACUUGAAUAUAAAAUGCUUCCAGCGUGCGGGCAACAAAAAUCUGAUCUAAAUAACUGUAGAAUCUCUAAAUCAAUCAAUACACUAAAUGUCUGGUAGAAGUAGAGUAACCUUGCCUUUUAAAACGACAAAACCGUGGUCAUGAUCCUACCCACCUCGCCGAUGUUCAUGAUGCAUCGCCUUGACAAGCAUGAUCCUAACAUCUCGGUCAGAGGUUAUAAAGUAAGGAAGCAGCUAGAGCACCCAAGAAGUGGAGGAAAACACAACUACGUCUCAUGUUUCUCCCUACACUUCUUUCGUGCUCUAGCUGCUUCUUUCGUGCUUUACAACAAAACAGACUACAGUCAAGGUUUCUUUACUUGUUAAUUGCGAAUAAUGUAAUUUAACUGAGAAGAGUCACCCUGUGGCUGUUGAAUAAAUCAUUUUUAUCAUUGUUUGUCUGGCACAAAACCUGCAAGUGAGGGUUCCAGGAUAUUUAUUUAUCGCCUUGUCAAGUGCACCGCACCACACAGCAAAGCACUGUAUAUACGAGUGGAAAUAGGUAACUACACAUCAAAAACCUAGUUGUUCACAAAAGAAUUGCACGGAUUUCUAGUUUGCUAGCAUCGCCUUUAGAAUUAGAAUAAUGCCAGAUAUCAGAUUCAGUCUUCUCUUCGCUCUGGGCGGCCUUUAUAAGGUAAACAAUACACAUUACGCUUUUAAUCGCAGUUUAACCAGUUGCAACUCUCCUCCUCCAUAAAUUACUAUUAGUUAUGUUGCACUUUUAUUUAUUGCUUCUUGAGUUUACCAUUUUAGUCCAUACAACCUUAAUUAAACAUGUAGAUAUGUGUUUUAAUAUUUUAUGAUGCUUUCUGCUCGGUGAUUUAAUCCAUGCUCACGAUUGUAUUACUCUUCUCUUAAAUAGUUAGCAUUUACACCACUAAAGGAAAGGCAGGACACACGUACCACACGCAUAAUGUAUUGUAAGACCGUUUGAGGGGUUUGAUCAUGUUCAGCGAACUCUCACAGACUUAGUUUUUUGUAUUUUUGUACUUCAGACAUAGAGGAAUGUUCCGUUCAAACUGACAAUUGCCACCUUAAUGCGAACUGCACUAACACCAAAGGAUCAUUUCAUUGUACUUGUCAUACGGGAUACUCAGGAGAUGGCAUAAUUUGUGAAGGUGACUAUUGAUUUUGAAAUAAGAUUUUUAUAAAAACAUGCUUUGAAAAAUAAGGACUUGAAAUUCUAUAUACCUGUAGACUCAGAGCCUUAUUUUUUUCUUCUGACUGCCAUCCAGAAACAAAUAGUAAAUGGACAUGGGCUAAUACUAAACCUGUUGAGAUUCAUGAGCAAAAAUGACACAACGCAUGGCGUCUUUUAACGAUUCUUUCUAUUGGCCCCCACAAAGCCAGAAAUAAAGGUUAUAACUGAGCUACCAGGAAAGCUGCAUGUCUCAGAAUACAGCCAUAUUCAACCAGAUAACAACGCACCGAACAUUUUCACAGAUAUCGAGGAAUGUCAAACUGAAAUUGACAACUGCCAUGCUGAUGCCAAUUGCACCAAUACUAAAGGAUCCUUUGAUUGCAAGUGUUUUACGGGAUACUCCGGAGAUGGUGUCACGUGUGUGGGUAAGUGGCGACUACUUGUUACUUUGAUAUGAGGGUGAACCGAACCUCUCUGUUGAGGAACAAAAUCAGCAUUUUCCAUCGUCCUAGACUGGGAUCAAGCUUCUUGUAACGAUUGAUCCGUCGUGAAUCUUAAGUAGUAAAGUGAAAACUAGAAAACUCUCACAAAAGGGUAAUCUACCUAGCUAGGUACCCAAAGGUGGCAAGUAAAGAGAUCUUUUCGACCAUUUUACGCGGAUGUUAAAAUUAUCUAUAAGCAAAAGAUCUGUGAAAGAGCAAACCACUUUUGAAGGGAAUUUGUCCAUUGCAAUACUUUACAAAGCAAGUAAACUUUCACUACUUGUGCUAUUCUACACGUAAAUCUCCUAAUAGACAAUGAAACAGUUUCCAUGCGGAGGGAAACUUGCUCAUCAGAACCUUAGACUGCAAAAUACCUCUUUGUACAAUUAUCUUAACCCGAACAAGUCUAGAAACUGAGAGAAGCUUAAAGUUUUUGGCUCAAGCCUUUGUGCAAUAGCGUUCCUUAGUCCUAACAGAAUGUAAUGGUUAAAAGGCGGGAAUUCUUCUCGUCAGGAUAGUAACUGCAUAAUGUGUUUGCAAUAUCUAAUUUAUAGUGGCAUCUUGUUUCAUAAUUCCCUCAGCUAAUAGCCCUGACCUAGAAAUCGUGAACAGCAUUACACUCAGUUAACUGAUGUAAGAGAGAGUUUCUACUGAAUAAUUGUGCAAGUAAUUACAAUAAUUGUGCAAGUAAUUAACUAGUUUCACCAAAUAACCAUUUACCGUGAGAUAAGAUGUUGUGAACUAUUUCGUUUUAAAAUAUAAUUAAUUUCAAAGUUAAGUUAAGACAAAAUGAAUUCAUUGUACUCUAUUUUUAGGCUGCAUAACUUAGAGCUGGCUAAAUGUUCAAGGAACUUACUUUGGGUCAACAAACUAUUGAUAAUAUUACAAAAAAAGUAUUUGUCGAGAAGAGAUUGGUUUCUUUUUUGUUUGUUGGCUUUUUCAAUUUAAACCAGGUCUUAGGGUUUAAAUUGAGGAGGAGGGAGGCUUAAUACCAAUUUUCCAAAAAACAUUUUUGAUACCCUAAAAAGGAGUUGUUUUCAUUGGAAAGGUCUUCUGUUAUUUCCAUUUGUUUCCUUUUAGACGUGGACGAGUGUUCAGUCGAACAAAUACCUACUGAUUACAUUCAUCUUGAGAACAACUGCCACGAUGACGCCACUUGCUUCAACACCAAAGGAUCAUUCUACUGUACGUGUCAUACAGGAUACUCUGGUCAUGGUGUCACAUGCAUUGGUAAUGACCUUUCAUUAACGUGCUCUUACUGUUGAGUUUGAUUGUUUUAUUCUGUAUGCAGACCUCUUCAAUGAAUCAAAAUUCUUCUUUGAAAACGCGAAUACUUUUGGCAGAGUUGAAUAUUCAUCCUAUGAUCAGAGUCCGAGUAGUACUUCUUUCUAUGGAGGCUUCUGUGUACAUCUGCUGAGGUUAAUUUCUGUAAAACCUUACAUUUCCCAGGUUCCAUGCAAAUAAUGCAGGUUAUGAGUCCCAAAUUUUUUCGAUGUUUCUGUAUGAGUAGAAUUAAACCGAAUUCAUUUUAAAAUUCUGCCAAAAGUACACCAUGUAGCGGGCUCGCUUGAUUGUGCUAAUAAACACUCGAAUCAACAAUUUUUUAGAAAGGGAUUUUACUAUAAAAAUUAAUGUUAAAAAUUAACGACGUUUCGACCGCUCAACUGUCAUUUUCAAGUUGAAGGAUAAAAUUUUUCAUGAUGCGCUUAUAAAAUCAAUUGUAAAAAUGCUAAUGAGAUGCUGACUAAAACUCUAAAAUAUUUACAUAGAAACAAUACGAAAAGGCAAAAGAAACAAUUUUAAAAGUGAAUCGAUUAGGUAAAUACUUUUGCACAGAUCGAAACACUAUGUUUGUUCAGUUUUGGUUUAAGUUCGUGAAUAAAAAGCAUUUCAAAUAUCAAACAGUCCAGUUUCCUCUGACAUCUCUUCAAAAUCUUGAAAUUUUUUUCGUCCCUUUACGUGAUUGCCGAUUGUUAAUCGCUUCUGUUCCUCCACACGUCGAUGUAAGUGUCGGGUCGUGAAGCCGACCUAGUCUGCAUCAAACAGACCACACUUGUAAUAAUAAACAAGGUUUUGUUGAUUAACAAUUGGAGGUUUGAGAUCUUCCGGCUUGAAUUGUUCUUUGAUCCUCUGUCUUGUGUAAACGGGCUGGACAUCGGCAACAAUCACCGAGUUGGUGUCUUACCGCAUUUAACAAUUUCUGGUCUUUGAAUGGUAGGACAGUUCUCAUAUGAGCAUCAUGUUCAUCGGAUACUUGUUAUCUGGUAAUUAAAUCCUCAACUCUCAUUUCACUAAAAUGUCUGAUGGUAUUCUCUACGAGAGUUUCAGGAUAAUGUAGGCGAGCAAAAACCGUUUUUUCGAAGUUCACAUUCUUGAUGGAAAAACAUCCAGUUCGAGGAGAGCUUAAACACAUGGUUGAACAUUGUCUUCAGCAGGGAAUGUCUGUACUUUUCUUCAACAUGGCUUUGGUAAUGCAGUAAAAGUCCCGUAUCAGUUGGUUUCACGUAGACCUGCGUGCCUAGUUGGGGCUAUUUCUGAUAAUUAUCAUUCAAAGAGAGGGAAGUUUGCCGUUGUUCUCGAGUUUCAUUGUGAAACUGAGUCAAGAGGGGAUUUCAUUCAGUGUGGACAAAAAAAUAGAGGCAGAUGAAACAUCGGGCAUUUUGCUCAGCGAUUCAUCGACAUAGUGCUUAUACAAAGCAGGCAUCUUGUCUUGGUUUUCCAUUUUUUUUCUGAACUAUGGCACAUAAACGCAAUUUCCAUUAAUGGUCCGAGGCCCAUAGCAGCCUUAUCCACUUGCUCGUACAAAUUUCCUUCGAAUCGGAAAAGUCUCUUUUCGUAGCAUACGCGAAUACGUGGAAGUAACUUUGACAAUGUUAUGAAAUUGGGUCAGCUAAUUUCGAUUUCGCUUUUUUCAGAUAUUGACGAAUGUAACCUGUCUGGUUUGUCUCAUGAAUACAAACAUCUGGCUCAUAAAUGUCACGGCGAUGCUAACUGCACCAACACCAAAGGUUCAUACAACUGUGGAUGCCAGGAAGGCUAUAGAGGAAGCGGUGAAAAGUGCGAGGGUGAGUUAGACUUAAAUUUAAAUGCUCUUCAUUCUAAAGGUUUGGUCCUGCUGAGUUGGAAAGGGGAGAUGUCAGAAUGAAUAAGCUUUAUUUGGUUACAGAAAACAGCUGUUCCUUCCAUUUAGCACAUCAAUUUUCCUAAUAUGUAGGUAGUUUAAGGGUGUGUAAUCUUUUUUCUCUGUAAAGGAAGGGAAGAAGUAAUCCUCGCAAACAAACCACGAUGGAUUAAUGAAAAGCAAAGUUGGCAUAUAGCGGCACCUAGAUCUCCUGAAAAGGUUAAUGAAGGGAUUAGCAAUUUAACUAUAACAACCGUAGAACUGAGGGUGUCCAUACAAAGGCUUAUUGAUAAUUCUAGUGGUUUCCCUCUCGGGCUAAAGGAUUUUUAAGUGCUUAGGUUAGAUUGUGAUGAUGUGCCCUCUCAUUUCGCGACUUUCAUUACGAUUAUAUUAAGAUAUCGAUGAAUGCUCAACUGGAGCGCACAACUGUCACGUCGACGCCAACUGCACCAACACCAAGGGAUCUUUCUUUUGCACUUGCCAUACAGGAUAUUCUGGUGAUGGAGUCUCAUGCAUUGGUACGUUAACUUUUUCAACUUCUCAAAGAAGCUUCAUUCUUUUAGUAAGACUUUCUUAUGAUAGUAUUUUCUUAACUAUUCCACAUCCAACCGUCAUAACAUCCUUUAACUGGCUUCCUAAAGAUUCUAUUUUUCCUCCAGAUAUUUCUGAGUGCGAGGACAAAACCUUGGCGCCUCAUCACAUCAGUUAUGCCCAUAAUUGUCACGAAGACGCCAACUGCACAAACACCAAGGGAUCGUUUUAUUGCACAUGUCAUACAGGUUACUCCGGAGAUGGUGUCAUCUGCACAGGUACUUAAAGAAAUCUGUUCAAGGACGUCAGAGCGUAAAGGAGGAACAAAGCGCAACACCUCUCUUUACUUUGGUUCGUUUUAAGGCGCGAAUACUUUGUCUUGUUCCCUUUGACGCUGCAGAUAAUUGCAAGUCUGAUAUCUGAUAAAUGAUAUUUCUUUUUAUUUUAAAUGCAUCCUAUCUAGAAAUCAAUGAAUGUCAUGUUAACAAUUUGGCUGAAGAACACUUACAUGAAUAUUCCCACAACUGCCAUACUGAUGCCAACUGUACGAACACAAAAGGAUCCUUCUACUGCACGUGUCUUAAUGGUUACUCUGGUAAUGGAGUAACUUGUGUAGGUAGGUAAUUCCAGUAAAGGAAAGGCAUCAUGCAACUAGAUGUAUACCUGAGGUACAAUGGCUCAUUUAUUUUAUAUUAACUUCGUUGUCACGACUUUACAAGACAAACAUAAAUACUAUAAUUCUAGUAUCCCUAAGACUAGAAAACUCCUGAUCCAUAAGCUGAAUUAGUGGCGAUGAAUUAAUAACUGUCAGUGUUUUAUUAAAGCUUUUGAGGAAGCAUGAAAGUAAGUAUGUUAAACUUAUUCUUUUGGUGUUGGGUUUGAAAUUGGGUCAAUUAUUUUUAGGACCGCUUUAGCUGAUGGCCGAACCGGAAUUUCUCGAAAUAAACUAUCAUUAUUCGGAUUAUUUAAUUACUUAUCUGUAACGAUUGCCAGCGGAGCAGCGGAUUCAACAUGUAUUAACUUUCAUUUCAGAUAUUGAGGAGUGUGCAACAGAAAUAGAUAACUGUCACGUGGAUGCAAAUUGCACUAAUACAAAAGGAUCAUUUUAUUGUACAUGCCAUACGGGAUACGAUGGAGAUGGAGUAUUCUGUAAUGGUAAUGUGCUUUAACAUCUUUUAAACGUUUAAGAAUGUUAAUGUUUGAAAAUUAACUGCAAUUCUUGAUACUUAAAUUAAAAAUAUUUCAAAUUUGUGUUCAUCAGACGUCGAGGAGUGCACCUCAAACAUUCAUAACUGUCAUGCAGAUGCCAACUGCACCAACACAAAAGGUUCAUUCUACUGCACGUGCCGUACGGGAUACUCUGGUGAAGGAGUCAGUUGCGCUGGUAAAGUAUACUUUUCUCUAAAACCGUGUUUUGUUUGAGAAAGCAACUACAGUCGAGUUCUGAGCGAACCUCGCGCUGACUCGAACCAAAAUCGAUUUCCCCUGGAUUUUCUUCAUACAUUUAUUACAAUUUUACCCUCGGUAACUCGAACCCUCGAUCACUAGAACCUCCCGCUUACUCGAAGCAAUUUUUGUUUCCCGUCAGGCAAUUCUCUAUUUAUUUAAACCCUCGAUUACUCCGACCACGUCGAAUUACGUCUGUCAAUACGUGAAAAAUUCCAAACAAACAGUGUACUGUUGUCCAAAACGCUUGGUUCAUUUCGAAGCAGCCGCGUCACAUUACACUCUGAUUUCAUUUUCACUCGACUUCUCUACGAAGAAAUUUUAUUAAAAUAUAUACUGUAUAGGACAUAUUUCACAAACAUAGUUCCUCUUUCAGAAACUUAAUACUUGUUGUUGUACCCAGCAUGUUAUUACUAUAUUUCAGAUGUGGACGAGUGUUCUCUUGAACUUAUUUCUAAUGACUACAUACAUCUUAAACACAACUGCCACGCCGACGCAAACUGUUCCAAUACGAAAGGAUCAUUCUUUUGCACAUGUCAGACAGGAUAUUCUGGGGAUGGAGUCGCGUGUGAAGGUAUCCCUUUUGAUUUUGAUAUUUAGCUCUGAUCCGAUUCUGCACUGUUUUAGAGAGAAGUGCCCCUUAACGCUUACCUCACGUACUCCUAGGGCAUUUAAGUGUUCUACGCAAAUUCUGAAAUAAUUUUGUAAUUAAAAAAAAUGCAAUUGCAAGUGUGAACAUUUUUACAGUGUCAAAUAAUAUUUUUUCUUCCUCUCUUUAAAAAGAUAUUGACGAGUGCUACCCAUUAAGAUUGUCAUCCGAAUACCAAGACUUGGCUCACAUUUGUCACGAUGAUGCGAACUGCACAAACACAAAAGGAUCUUACUACUGCACAUGUUUAAACGGAUACUCUGGAUCAGGAGAGAACUGCACAGGUAUUGUUUUCGCAGUUAUCGGAUUCACCCGUUCGAAACGUUAUCAUAGCGCAGAGUGGCUUUUGUUUGAAGGGCAUCCACUUACUUAAUGGGGUAAGUUACAUAUGUCGCACUAGAGCUCCCAUUUGGGUUCUCGAUGGACUCUAAUUGGUUGCGGUUAGCCCUUACAAAUGCAAAUUUACUCAAAAUUGUCUGCAGUUGCCAAUACCCAGGGGAACUGAACUGUCCAUCAAAUGUACAAGUAGAGAAUAGACAAUAGAGUUCCGAGCAAUCCCUAUGGCUUGUUACGAUCAUAUGAUCAUUUGGUAGUCAAUCAUGUAUCUCUUUUGCGCCGGACAGCUGCGCUGAAUUUCGAUGAAAUGCCAGCAGUCUUUCCCCGAAACACCUUUGUGGUCUUCAGAAUUAAUGCUAUGAGCGGUUUCAACACAGUUUAUGCCUUAUCUUCUUUCCAGACCUCAACGAGCAGAAGUUUUACGUAUUCUCGAAUGUCACACACAAUUUCUGUCUUCGCUACUGCCAUAUUUAAUUCUAUCUUAUCCAGAGCUGAUUAAUCAUUCGCGCGAUACUUAAUUUGAAUGCGGACAAUGCGCUUACGAACCGAAUUGGACUGAAUUGGACUGAAUUGGACUGAAUUGGACUGAAUUGGACUGAAUUGGACUGAAUUGGACUGAAUUGGACUGAAUUGGACUGAAUUGGACUGAAUUGGACUGAAUUGGACUGAAUUGGACUGCCACAAAUGGAUUAUUCAAUCAGUUGAAUAUAGCAGAUAUUUAUCAAAAAGAAUUAUUAUCAUGUAGGAACGAAAUGUGGAACAUGCGCGGAAGAAAUCGAUACCAGAAUAGGACCCUAAUACCAGGAACUAUUGAACAAUUCGCGCAUGCGUCAGUUAGUAGAGCACGAGAAACGUGCAGCCGAGAGCAACCCCAGCCUUAUGAGGGCAUCCAAACUUCUGAUGACGUACACACACGUCAACCACAGCAAGAUGCGAUACCAAUUUUUUCUGUCUUAGAUAUUGAUGAAUGCGCUUUGGAGACGCAUAACUGUCAUGCAGAUGCAAACUGCACCAAUACUAAAGGAUCAUUCUACUGCACAUGCCAUACGGGAUACUCAGGAGACGGAGUCAGUUGUUUGGGUAUGUAUGAACAAUAGUAGCCUUUCCAGAGAUGUUUGCAUAAAACAAUGCGGGUUAGUUUUCGACUAUUUGCUAGAAGAGAUCUGCAUAGAAGAAUAUUCACAUUGUUAUGUCAAGGACACUAUUUAUGGCGAUAAUUUUGUGGUUCAUUUCGGGUGUACCCCAUGAUGCUCACUAUGAUAAACGCACAAUUUUUUUUACGUAGUAUUUACUUUUUCAAUUACAGAUAUUGGCGAAUGUCAGAUCGACAGGCUUGCAUCACAUCACAUCAACCAAUAUGCCCACAAUUGUCACGACGAUGCAAACUGCACAAAUACUAAAGGUUCAUUUUAUUGCACCUGCCAUCACGGCUACUCAGGAGACGGUGUAAUUUGUGCAGGUAGGUAACUGGCUUUGUCGAUUGUGACUGUGAGAGUGCUUCUCCUCAAAUCGUUUCCUUGCUUAAAGCAGGGGAGGUAUAUUGUGUUCAAGAAGGAUAGUAAAGAUUAAAUAAAACUUGUAAUUUAGAUAUAGGAAAACUACUUGAUGUCCAGCGAGCAUAGACUUAAAUGACUACUUUUUUUUGGUUAUUCACGCAGUGAAUGGUAACUUCUUUGACUUUACAUCCGGAAUUUUACUUAGAUAUCGACGAAUGUCAUGUGGACGGUUUGGCUUUAGGACAUGAGGAUAAAUUUUCCCACAACUGCCAUGCUGAUGCCAACUGUACCAACACGAAAGGAUCAUUCUACUGCACGUGUCUUAUUGGGUAUUCUGGAGAUGGAGUCACGUGUUUAGGUAAUUCUUAGUUCAUCCAGACGAAGUCCUUAGUCGUUUUCGAUAAAAAAAACUCCUGAUCCAUUUGUAACUUUACGUACUAAAUUUUUUGCAUUAUGCAUUUCGAAAUCAUAGCAAUUCGCAUUCUUUCACCUCUCCGACUGGUUUCCAGAAGUCCUUACUCUGCAACUGGCUUACAGCAAUCAGAUUUCGAACCAAAAAAACAUUGUAAAACGACAGAUGCAAAAACAAAUUCACCAGGCCGCUUUUCGGAAUCUGAAAACCAGUUACCAUAUACUUGUUGGGUUGUAUUCAAUACAUUUUAACCUUACAAAAUCUUUCACUAGAAUAAACUCAUUAAAAGGAGAAGUAAUAAAGAUAUCUGAAUCAAUCAUAUGACAACCCAGAAAGAUAGCAAAAACGUUUUCUUAGAUAUUGAGGAAUGUACCACCGACACGGACAACUGCCAUGAUGAUGCCAACUGCACAAAUACUAAAGGAUCCUUUCUCUGUACUUGUAACCAUGGUUACUCCGGAGAUGGAAUCACCUGCGAAGGUAGGCCAUUAGUCUAACAGGAAUUUAUCAUUCCAUCGUUUUUGCAAUUUUCGCAAAGUUACUAUAAAACAAUCACUGCCUUGUGACUUACGUGCUGAGAUAAAACGGUCAAUGGGAUACAUUGGUAUUUCAAUGUUACCAAACUGAACUAACACAUUAAUUUAAAUUUUGGCUUUUAUUAGAUAUUGAAGAAUGCUCCUCGAAUAUUCAUAACUGCCAUGCUGAUGCCAACUGUACAAACACUCAGGGCUCUUUUUACUGUACUUGUCAUAUGGGAUAUUCCGGAGAGGGAGUCAGCUGUGUUGGUAAAGAGAAACAUCUUUUAAUCUAGAGGUGAAAAACAAGUAAUGAAAAAUGACUAAAAAGGAACUUUACCAUUGCCUGGAUACCAAGCGGAAGUCCAUAUAAUUACUUGUAAACCCUACCGUCGCCUUUUAAUGGGGUGACUUUCAAUCUUAAGCCUCUCUUUACUGCGAGGCGAGCUUCGAAGAUCAAAUAAUGUACACAGACAGACCUAGAGGUUGUUUUAAGCCUAUUUCAAAAUUGAAUUUCAGCCGGGGCAUACAAGGUCACGUGAGAUAUGUGAUGGAUUAUGAGUAGGUUAUCGAUAUUGGAAUAUUAUUCAAUUUUCAAUUCUUUUCUUUCAGAUGUGGACGAGUGUUUCCCCGAACAGAUAUCUGAUGAUUAUCGUCACCUUGAAAACAACUGUCAUGCUGACGCCAAUUGUUCCAACACUGAGGGCUCCUUCUUUUGCACCUGUCAUUUGGGGUAUUCUGGUGAUGGAGUCACGUGUUUCGGUAAGUUUUUUUACGUUCUCAGUCAUUUUUAGAAAGGAAUGUAGAACAGAAUAAAGUCCUCGAAAUAUAGCAGAGGUCAAAUUUACAUUUCAUAUCAGUGUGAAGUAAAUGACAAAACAUAAAUUCGAGUUUGUCUUUCUCAAAUUGGUUAUAACACUCAAAUAGCCGACAAACACGUUAAUGUACGGGAACUCCCAGUAAGAACAUUAGCCAUGCUUCGUGUUCAAACUUGUUGGAAAAAAUUCUUUGCCUCGUUAAGUUUGAUUGUUUUUCAUUGCCAGAUAUUGAUGAAUGCAAUCCAACUGCGUUGUCAUCAAAGUACCAGGACCUUGCACACAUCUGCCACACUGAUGCUAACUGUUCAAACACAAAAGGAUCGUACUACUGCACAUGUCUCACUGGAUACUCUGGAGACGGUAUCUCUUGUCAAGGUCAAUAAUGAAUCUGGCCAGAAAAUUGUCCUAUAAAUAACCGGCGAAAUCUGGAGAAAGUAUAUCGGCAUGUUGUAACCCAUUAACUAUCUGAUGGCAUUUUUAUCAUAACUGGAGCAGGGACCGCUUUGCGUUCCAAUUAGUGAAUUUUGUUUCUCUCCUACCAUUCGUCUACCCCAACCAACAUUGGCUAUCUUAUUCUCCCUCUCGCACAAGAGAGGGAUAUAUUAAUCUUUCUCUUUGACGUAGAUAUGGACGAGUGUUCCACUGGAACACACAACUGUCAUUCUGAUGCCAACUGCACGAACACGAAAGGAUCAUUUUAUUGCACAUGUCUAAAGGGAUACUCUGGAGACGGAGUAUUGUGUGAAGGUAUCAAAUAUGUCUUCUGACCACUACCAAUUAAGUAGCUGUAAGAUCGUCAAGUAGUGGCAUAUCUAAGUUUCAACAUGUCCUCUACCAUCACAAACAAGAACGGUUAAGAAGGUAUUGCAUGCCUUCGCUUCGGUGUUUUUAUGCUAGACAUAAAUACUAACUUAAACUUGAAUGAGCCUGGUCAGUUGUGUUGGCGAUAUCGAUUUCAAUAACAUCCAUUUUCACUUAGAUAUCAAUGAAUGUCACGUGAAUAGUUUGGAUCAACAACACGUGGAGGAGUAUUCCCACAACUGCCAUGCUGAUGCUAAUUGUACCAACACUAAAGGUUCUUUCUAUUGCACUUGUCAUCAUGGAUAUUCCGGGGAUGGAGUCACAUGCCAAGGUAUGAAAUAUUCAGUGGAUGUCACCGUUUGUAAUUUCCUAUCCAGUGCGAGUUGUUUACUAAUCAAAUUUUAAAAUUAUCUUUCUAAUGAGUUCGCGUCUUUUAGAUGUCAAUGAAUGCUUUCCGAAUGAAAUAUCUGAGGAAUAUGGCCAUCUCGCCCAUAACUGCCAUGCUGAUGCCAACUGCACCAACACAAAGGGAUCCUUCUACUGCACCUGUGUCAAUGGUUAUUCUGGUAAUGGAGUAAAUUGUAUCGGUAAGUUCUGACAGUAGAAAACGAUGUUAUAACAUAGAAUAUAUUUACCCUAAUAACGCAUCGACUCUCAUCAAACUCCUGAUCCAUUUAAUUUAUUAAACUUAAAAGUUUCAUACGCCUAAUCAUAAGUUCCAUACAUUUAACGUUUACUCUGGUCAACUCUUUUUAAUAUAAGCUUCAUAUUCUACUGACAGCGUCUACAUUCAAAUAUUGGGAAAAUGACUAACUGGCGACCUUUAAAAUUGUUUUGGUUAGGCCGUAGGUCGGCUAUAACUAAUAAUCAUAGAAAACAAUUCAAACGUUGCCCCUUGAAAAGUAUAGAUAAAAACACGCAAGACGUGACUUGCAUUUCGCUUACAUUCCCACCUUAAAAGUAAAUGCCUAGAAUGGACCUCACUCAGCCGUUUAAUAAAUUAUCUGUCAUUGCAAAAGAUAUUGAGGAAUGUACUACAGACACGGACAACUGUCACACUGAGGCCAAUUGCACCAACACCAAAGGAUCUUUUUACUGUACCUGUCGCCAUGGGUAUUCUGGAGACGGUGUCACGUGUGAUGGUGUGUAUAACUCAAUUAUUCAAAUUAUGAUUUAAAUUGUUAUAUGAUGUAAUAUACGAGCUUCGAGAUAAGGGCUGCUAAUAUUUGAUCGCACCCUUUCUGCAGAUGUUGAUGAGUGUUCACCCGGUCAGAUUUCUCAAGAAUAUAAACAUCUUGUGCAUAAUUGUCACGUUGAUGCAAACUGCUCCAAUACCAGAGGAUCGUUCUACUGCACAUGUCACACAGGGUAUUCUGGAGACGGAGUUACAUGCAUUGGUAAAUUUACACAUAUUGAUACUAUCACUUUACCAAUAGAUAACAUGGCUGACUCAGUUUUCCCCCUCCCCCUUCCCCUCCUACCUUGCUUGAGUUUCCUUUUAGGCCUGAGGUUGUGGUCCUUGGACCGUUUAUCAUUCAAUGUUUUUCAGGUCCUACAGUUUACGUUGCUUACUUAAAAAAAAAAAAAUCGAUUGGUUAAAGGGAGGGGGGAAGAAAAGAAACCGCUCCUUUCUCAAAAAUGUAUCUUCUCAUUACAGACAUACAGGAGUGUGCUAUUCAAACAGAUAACUGCCACAAUGAUGCAAAUUGCUCCAACACCAAAGGGUCAUUUUACUGCACGUGUCAUUCGGGAUAUUCCGGAGAUGGUAUCACCUGUAAUGGUAUGGUAAUGUUGCUGAAACCGUUAUUCGUAGGCAUUUUUAUUUAAGUGACAGUCUCGCUCUCUUUAUCACACACAGAUAUCGAUGAAUGCGACCCAUCUGGACUGUCAUCUGAUUAUCAACAUCUGGCCAACCAAUGUCAUGGUGAUGCUAACUGUACAAACACUAAGGGCUCAUACAACUGUGGCUGUCAAGAGGGUUACUAUGGAAGUGGAAAAGACUGCAAAGGUAAUAGUGAUUUAUUGGCUUCAAUUUAAGUCCUGGGGGAAACUGAAACACUAUAAGGAAACCACACUUCAUUUUCAGAUAUCGAUGAAUGCACAUCUGGAACACACAAUUGCCAUGUGGAUGCCAACUGCAGCAACACAAAAGGUUCAUUUUAUUGCACUUGUCAUGCGGGAUACUCAGGAAAUGGAGUUACUUGCGUUGGUAAGUAGGAUCUUGGCUGAGUGAAACAAUAAUUUUGAAAAUUAGUCUUUUAAUCAUGCUAUCGAAAGAGAGAAAAGAGUCACCCCUCAAAAAGGCUCUAUUCAUUGUUGAUGCUGUUGUUGUCCUUUAAUAAGAUAUCAGCGAGUGUCAGCUGGAUACCCUGUCAAGCAAUCAUGUCCAGCAGUAUUCCCACAACUGCCAUGGUGAUGCUAACUGCACUAAUACUAAGGGAUCGUUCUACUGCACCUGUCACCAUGGCUACUCUGGAGAUGGAGUCAUUUGUGUUGGUAACUACAUACCUUAUGCUUUCUUUUCUUUUGCUAAUGAGAAAAUAUUGAUUUCUGAUUUCGUUCAUUUGAAGAUUUAUGACGCGAAAGAGGAAGGGAUGGAAACGUUGCACUCUUUUCUUAAACUCUUCUGAAAGUAAUGCAGUCAUCGCUGUUCCAGUUUUCCAUCUGUAUUUACACCUACGACUUUCAGCUGGGCUCUAACUUGUGGAAAAUUACGAGACAUAAUCAGCGUGUAACCAACCUCAAUCCAUGGGGAACAAAUUUUUCAAAAAGGUUUUAUCUGACUAAAAGCUCUCAUGGUUCUCUCUUUCCAGAUAUAGAUGAAUGUUUUCCAUUACAACUAUCAUCUCAAUAUGAGGAUUUUGCACACAAUUGCCAUGACGACGCCAACUGCACUAAUACCAAGGGGUCCUUCUAUUGCACUUGUCAUCCAGGAUAUUCAGGGAACGGUGUCUACUGUGUCGGUAUGUAAAUAUAACAAUCAAAUGGUAAAUGUCAACUCAUGAUUCAUGCAUUCCUAAUCUAACAACUUAUAUGCGACUAACUCCUGGUCUAUAACCCUAAAAUAAUUUAACUGUUCAUUAUGACUCAAUUAGGAGGUGAAUUUAAUCUAGCUUCUUUCCUGGUUUAUUUUGUUACCAAAUGCCCCCUUAGUAUCCCCUUUCUUAACUUUGUUUUGUUGCAGACAUCGAAGAAUGUAACAAAGAUACUGACAACUGCCACGCUGAUGCCAACUGUACGAAUACCAAAGGUUCAUUCUACUGCUCGUGCCAUGAGGGGUACUCGGGGGAUGGAGUUAUUUGCUCAGGUAUCUUAAUCUCGCUUUGUGAAGGUCUGUUAUUACUUGAAACCAUUAACUAUAUAAAAUGAUACGAAACAAUAGUUUGCUCUGUGUUAUUCAGUGACCUUAAUACGAAACAAGAUUGCCAACCAUUCUAACCUUUUGAAAAGCUUCUGAAUGGAAUAUAAACGACUGUGAAUAUAUGAAAGUCAUGUAUUUGAACUGCGGAUAAAGACGUGAAUAUGAAAGUGAUCUUCGCAGUAUUGAACACUAGUUGAGCAGUAGUGAAAAUAAGGCCUGAAAAAAUUCAGGCUUGUACGGAAUUUGAGCCCAUGACCUCUGCGAUACUAGUACAGUGCUCUACCAAUUGAGCUAACAAGCCAACUGGGAGCUGGUCAUUAUGUUGGUUCCAAAUAAACCCGUGAGGAGGUGAAUAGACGACUGUGAAUAUAUGAAAGUCAUAUGUUUGAACAGUCGUUGUUAAUGUUAAUGUUGUAGAUCUGAACGAAUGUGUCAUUGGGACCCAUAACUGUCAUGCUGAUUCCAACUGCUCGAACACAAAGGGUUCAUUCUACUGCACAUGUCUGACUGGUUACUCGGGAGAUGGGGUCGGUUGCGUUGGUAUGUAUGGAAACGUUUGUUUUAUGACUAACGAUAGUAUUGACCAAGUAUUAUCUUAAGGGACGUUACCAUCCAUAACCGCCGCUUCGAAUAUUUUCACUUAUUUUAUUGGUUUGAAUAUUUGAAUACAUGCAUUAUGAAAGAGAGACAAAAAAAAUUAUGUGGUAAUAGAAAACCUGUUUACAAAGACAUUGAUUGAAACACAAAAGAAAUUAAGAGUACGCUUACAUAAAGAAAAUUACGAGAAGUAUACUUUUUUAUUUUGUUUGAUGUUAUAUCAAUAUCCUCAUUAAUAAAAAUUCAAAAAGGCUGAAAUGAAACAGAUAUCGAGAAUCUCACUUUCUUAGAAUGUGAGCAUUUACGUUCUUCGUAACAUGUAUGAUCAGAAUUUAGAUCCUCUUUUUUAUGAUAUUUUUUUCAGACAUAGACGAAUGCUCUCCUGGUAGUAUUUCUGGUCAGUAUAAAGAUCUUGCGCACAACUGCCAUGUCGAUGCCAUUUGCUCCAACACAAAGGGAUCAUUCUACUGCACAUGUCAUAAGGGAUACUCUGGAGAUGGAGUUAUUUGUCAAGGUAACUAAAGAAUAAAGAAGAAGUCUGUAUGGCGGAACCUGCUUUUUUUCCCGUAGUUUCGGACAAAUUAAUUGACGCCCAUGCAUUAAUUUCUAGUAAGUAUAGUGUGUGAUUUGCGAUCCUUGCGAUUGUUUUUUUUCCACAGACGUGAACGAGUGUUCCCCUCCUAGUCUGUCAUCUGAAUAUCAACAUUUGGGAAACAUUUGUCAUGACGAUGCCAACUGUACUAAUACCAAGGGAUCAUACUACUGUACCUGUUUAGUAGGGUAUUCAGGGGAUGGAGUCACAUGCCAAGGUGAGAUAUUUCUUUAUCUUUUCCCAAUAGCAACUUCAUUUAAAACAGGUUUGCUGAGUUUUGACGCCUUGGUCUUCUUCUCCAUACACAGAUAUCGAUGAAUGUUAUCCAGAUAGUAUCUCUGAUAAAUAUGAACGUCUUGCUCACAAUUGUCAUCCGAAUGCAAAUUGCACCAAUACCGAGGGCUCAUUUUAUUGCACGUGCAAAACUGGUUUCUCCGGCGAUGGGGUCACGUGUGAAGGUAAGGUGGUAAAACAAACACACCUCUUGACAUUGCUUCUUUUGAAGCUUAUUAAAACAUUUAGAAAUGACUAAAGUUUUUCUCGAGAACACUUGUUUCCUAUUCAUAUUUGUUACACCAUAGAUAUCAACGAAUGCCACCCAGAUGAUUUAGCACCAUCCCACAGUUACUAUGCUCACAACUGUCAUAAUGACGCCAACUGUACCAACACAAAGGGAUCCUUCUUCUGCACUUGUCAUACGGGAUACUCAGGAGAUGGAGUGAUUUGCGAAGGUACCAAUAAAAUCCAUUGUUUCCUCAAGUCGGAAAACAUGUUUCCUCUUAGUCAUUGUUAGAAUAAAGGCCGUGGAGGCUGAUCAAUGAGGUAUAGGUUUGAGCGAUCUGCAAUUUUUCAAAAUAUGUUACAAAUGAUCCUUCUUUACCUCCUUAAUCUUCCGCAGUCAUGUCACGUCAUUUUUUUUUUCUUUUUUUGGGGGGGAUGGGCUGUUCGAGCCUCUCAUUUAGGGGAGAUGUGGGAAAGAGCGGCAAGUGACAAACAGUGGUUGCAGCUGCCUCCAUUUUUUCUUUACCUGAUCUCGGCCAUUUUUCGCAGAACCGCCCGCUAUUUUGCUUAUUUCCUUUGAGCGAGUGCCUUGGGCGACGAGCUCAAAGAAUGAGUAUAGUUUAUUUGAAAAUGUAUCGAACUGACACCAUUUCCUCUAUGAUUCAGGUAUUCUAUAUUCCAAAUGUACAAGAGAAGCUUAAAUUGAGGGAGACCUAUGUUGUCUCGGGGGGUUUAAACAUAUGAUUCACUUACUCUUUGAUUAAUCCUUUUAUCUCCUCAGAUGUGAACGAAUGUCACCCAAGUGAAAUCUCUGAGGAAUAUAAAAACCUUUCUCACAAUUGUCACGUAGACGCCAAUUGCACCAACACCAAGGGCUCAUUUUUCUGCACAUGCUUAAAUGGGUAUUCAGGCGAUGGGGUCAUGUGCGUUGGUGAGAAUCAGUUGAUAUGAAAGUGUAAUGAAUUAACGAAAAUUUAGUUAGCUGCAUUCAUCCAAACUGAUGAUGUAACUAAGGAUAAUUACAUAACGCCCUGUUUCCUGUCGCAAACUUCUAAUCCUGAUCCAUAUUGCUAAUAGCUAACGCUGGUAACAAUUCCCUCCUUACUAUGCAUCAGAAUAUCUUGAACUACGGUAUAUUUGAGCUAAUACAUAGUCUUGAUGCCACUUCUUCAGUCCAGGUAAGUUCAAAUGAUAUUUGAUGCGAUGCUAACUUGUCGUGCUUCUCAUCUUUUGCACGUAAUUUAGUAAUAUCACAUGCACUUGACAAAUACAGCUCUGAUAUCAACAAUUUGAUACUAGUUUUUUUACUUCUUUUCAUAUUUUAUCAUAUCAACCUUCCUUUUCCAAGACAUUGAAGAGUGUCUGACCGCCAGAGACAACUGCCACUCGGACGCUAACUGCAGCAACACCAAAGGAUCAUUUUAUUGUACUUGCCAUACGGGAUAUUCUGGAGAUGGAGUCGCUUGUGUGGGUAAGAGAGCAUAGUUAUGAUGUUGAUCCACAAAACGAUUUCCCAUUUGCCAUAAAAUGAAAAGAAUUGUAAACCAUCAGAUGAAAUCCUUUAAGGCGAACCAUUCGGUAUGGCAAUAAAAUUGAACAGUGAGACACGACGUUUCGACCAAACUUCGGUCAUUUUCAUUUGAAUGAUAGGAAUGUCACGAUGAAUAUAAAUAUACGCGUGUAAGAAGUGUAAAAUUUUUUUUGGAAGUGUAAACGGACAUUAAGAACACACAAAGAGAAAAAUAAUCGCAAGCUAAUUACAAUAACCAAAUUAAAAAUAAAAAUAAAAAUUAAAAACCUAAUUAAAAACCUUGUACGAAUUGAGUCCGACUGCACAUUGAAAGCAGGUCUCAGUUCUUGAAUAAAACCACAUUUCAUAAACUAGGCGGUCAAAUUUGUUCGUACACCUCUUUAAAUACAAAAAUUCUUCGUACGAUUCCUUGGGGCCAAAGAAUGCUUGUCGCGAAAAUGCUAGCCAAUAGAUGAAGUCGAGUUUCUGUGUUCUUGAACACGUUGGUGCAGAUGCAGAUGGCGGCGUGUAAAACCAACAUAACCUGCACUGCACAGGCCACAUUUAAAUUUGUGCAGAUGCAGAUGCAGAUGCAGAUGGCGGCGUGUAAAACCAACAUAACCUGCAUUGCACAGGUCACAUUUAAAUUUGUAAACAGGCCACUGUUGAUUCACAACCGCUGGUCUCGCUCUUCGUAACUUGAGAUCUUGUUCGAUUUUCUGGUUGACAAAUAGAGGCUGUACAGUCGUGUGGAUCUUCUGACUCAAAUCGUUAAGUCGAACACGUACGAUAUCAGCUGAGGUAGGACAACACGAAUGGGGUCUGUUCGAUCGCUUACAGUCGGUGAGGAAACAGGUUGAUCCGAUGCAUUCGGUAUGGAAUCCAAAAGAAACAUAAACUCAGUACAACUCUAACGAAAACGCAGAUGCUACAACCACGAUAGUACUUUUUUCAUGGAUCUUCAUAGAAAUUUUGGAUCAAUAUCAGUAUCUGGGCAACUGCCCACCCACCCCUCCCCUAACUCAACAACAGUCGAUUGACAACAAGUUAAGGUUAAUGUUGGGUUAACAGAGGGGUAGGUGGGUAGUUGCCCAGAUACUGAUAUUGAUCCGAAAUUUUAAUAUUUCCCACUUUUGAAAAUUUUUCCUCACUGUCUUCUCUAUCUGUCCAUUAGAUAUUAACGAAUGUUCUUCGGACAUGUUGUCUGUCAACCACACACAUUAUGCUAAUGACUGCCAUGAUGACUCAAACUGCACCAACACAAAAGGAUCCUUCUACUGCACGUGUCUCGAUGGAUAUUCCGGAAAUGGGGUCUCUUGCGUCGGUAUGUCCUCAGUUAACUUCAAAAGAACUGCUCGCCAAAUUUAAUUCCCUCAUUUUCAUUUGUCCACGUGAUUUCUGGGUGAUUUCCAUUGUUCUCUUUCUAGACGUGAAUGAAUGUGAUCCUGAUGGAAUCAGCGACAUCUACAAAUAUUUGGUGCACAACUGCCACAAUGAUUCCAACUGUACCAAUGCAAAAGGCUCAUUUCAUUGUACCUGUUUAAUUGGAUAUACCGGAGAUGGCGUUUGGUGUGAAGGUGAGACGACUGGAAUGGAAUAUUUUACGGCGACUGUUUAGUUGUUUUCAGUCCAUUUUUAUAAUAACAGUCUCGAAAAGCUCCUUUUUCUCUUAGAUCAAAUAAUAAAGGCUUGCAAAUUCAAACAAUGAAGAGGUCACGAAACGAAAUAAACUGGAUUAACUAACCUUUUUCCCCCAAAAUUCACAUAAAGCACGGCUUGAGCACCUCAAGUCAUCAGGAAUUUUAAAGAACAAGCACCAUAGAGAUUUUAAAUUGCCAUGAGUGCAACAAACUUCCACUCUUAAUGGCCUCUGAGCAUGGUAUUUUAUAUAAAUAUGUUUGUACAAGUCUCCUAUUUCAAAUAGACAUCGACGAAUGCUACGCAGAAACCGACAAUUGUCAUGCUGAUGCAAACUGUUCCAACACCAAAGGAUCAUUUUACUGUACGUGUCACUCGGGAUAUUCUGGAGAUGGGGUGAUUUGCGAAGGUAAAAUGAGGAUAACUUUAGUUUGAAAACUCUUCAACUCAUAACUCGAAAUUCAAUUUUUAUCAGACUGUAAUAUCCUUCAUACAAUAGAUCUCCCCCUCCUUUUUCCCGUCCUUAUUCGAGAAGACUGCAACGUCUAACCAUUUGACAGAUGUCACAACAAAGGCUACACAUUCUCCUCAGCUAUUUUAAUUUAAGACCCUAAAUGUUGGUGCGGUCUGGGGCUUGAACCCUCGAUGAUCCUCCCACAAGGCAGUCUGGUGCUCUAAACCUGAACUAUCCAGGCGGCGGCGUUAUCUAGUAAUGAGAAUUAGAAUUUCUGCAAUAUGUUUACCAUAGAGGUAUUGAACAUGUGAUAUAUUACGUCUUUAAGUCUCUUCACGUUGAUUUACCAAUAUUGCGGCAUACAUCGAAUAUCAAACGCUUUUUUACAUUUUUUUAGACAUCAACGAGUGUUCUCCACAUGAUCUGGCGGCCAACAACUCACAUUACGCGCAUAAUUGCCAUGCUGAUGCUAACUGCUCCAACACCAAAGGAUCAUUUUACUGCACAUGUCACGUGGGAUACUCUGGAGAUGGUGUUAUGUGUUUGGGUGAGUUUCCAUCUGCUGACGUAUAUAUUUACUUCGGCUUUGUUAACCUUUUCAAGACUCAAGGGGUCAUUUUACAUUUGUUAAAGUUAAUUGUAAUUAUAAAACUUAAACCAUCAUUUGGCAUGUCUUAAAUUAUUGUUGGACCACUUGAACCACUUUCUCUAGAUAUUGACGAAUGUGAAACUAGUACUGAUAACUGCGACGUGAACGCCCACUGCAACAAUACCAAAGGAUCCUUCCGGUGCACUUGCAAAGUUGGCUAUUUUGGAGAUGGCGUUGUGUGUAAAGGUGCGUUAUCUGUAAGAAAACGAAAUCUGUAAAACGAAAAAAAAUUAUCGUGUUGAUAGUUAAAGCGGACAGUUUUCUCUUUCGUGAGGACACUCGCGCCCUGACCUACUUAAGUCAUUUAAAAGAUCGAUUCAUGUUCUUGAAUUUAUUUUAGUAUUCAGCAUGAAAUAACACGACCAGCUCUGAAUAAUAAUAAUUUGAAAUGAAAGUUUACAGUAGAUUAGUUAAGUUGUGUAUCACAUUUGCUGUCGUAGAUAUCGACGAAUGCACUGAAGACAUACAUAACUGCCAUGAUGAUGGUAUUUGCAUCAACACAAAUGGAUCAUUUUAUUGCCUUUGCCAAGAGGGUUAUACCGGCGAUGGCGUCAAUUGCACAGGUAAUGAUUUUCGUGAUCGAACCCAUUUUUUUAUGAUUUCCCUCUUCGUAUGAGCGUGUGUGUUUUCACUUUCCGUUUUAUGCUCUACCUGAGGAAAACCUUGAUUCAUGAUCUUACAGCGCUGUAAGGCAGUAGUAAUUAACCAUUAUUAGAUGAGGUUGAGCAAAAAAAAACUGAUUUCUGGACAAAACUACGCACGAGUAGGAUAUGUCAGUAAAAGCCAAUUGAUGGUAUUAGGCAUGAGUGUACCAUACAUUAUUAGGCAGUUGUUUAAAAGACAAUGAAAAGAAGGAAAAAUUAAAGGGGUGAAAAUUUAUAGUAUCUGACUUUGCAAAACGACACACUAAAAUUUGAAGCUUUCAAUAACUAGAAACUUGUUAUCAAAGUUAAGAAACGAAAAAGGAUAAUACGGCAUAGCAGCAGAUGAAUUUCUUUAACAUAAACCCUCUCUCUAAGUUCUGAGAGGAACUUCAUUUUAUUGAUCUCAGUUCUACCGAGUCAUUUGACACCCAUUCUCCAAUAUGUAUCCUUCUUCCUUUUACCAGACGUGGAAGAGUGCAGCCUGAGCAUCCAUACCUGUGAUGAACACGCAACGUGCACCAACACAAAAGGAUCAUUCACUUGUGCCUGCGAUCGUGGUUAUCAUGGCACAGGCUACAAGUGUGUCGGUGAGACUAGAAAUAGACGCUUAGUAAUGGAUUGAUGUACUCGACUUGUGCCAAAAUACCCGAUAACAUACUCAGUUUUUAAUCUAUGGAUCUGUUAUUUUAGAUACUGACGAGUGUAACUACGAUUUGGAUGACUGCCAUGCUGAUGCACUUUGCAUUAAUACCAAUGGAUCCUUCAACUGUACAUGUUUGAAAGGCUACUCUGGAGAUGGUGUUUUCUGCGAGGGUAAGGGGAGAAUAGAAUAUUUUCUUUCUUAUGAAAGCAGAUUACAAAAUUAAAAGGGCUAAAACACUUCUGAAGAACAGACGAAGAAUCAGUUAUUAAUAGUGAGUAUGAGCAUGAUGUUUACAGAAACGGCAAAUGGCAAAAACGAACUUUAAUUUUUCCUAGCCUACUCCAUACUCCUUGAAAAUUUCAUUCACUCCUUUUAUUGUUGUCGUGUUUUUAAUUUUGCACAUUUACUUAUAGAAGAAGCUUUUAGUUUUAGUAAAGACUCAAGUUUGGCAUGACAUAUUUUCAACGAUAAGGAAAAUUACAGCUUUUUCUCAGAUACAUCCUUCAGUCUGGAUGGAGCCGAUGAUUAAUGGUUGAUGUCCUUUUAAAAAAAUGCAUCUUUUUAGAUAUUGACGAAUGUGAAACAGCAACGCACAACUGCAGCUGGGGUGCUUCGUGCAACAAUAGGAAAGGAUCUUUUUACUGCACCUGUUCCCCUGGAUUCUCUGGGGAUGGUUUCCGCUGUGCAGGUGAAAAUAUGAUACGUCUAUUAAAGUAAAUUUUAAUUAACCCACGUAAUUCGAAAGUGAGAAUACAGCGUUCUUUCGAUUAAUAAAAGGAAAACAAAGCAAAACAUGGGAAACUAAGAGAACACGAAUAACAGUGUCUUUCAUUGACGCUCACAUUUCGAUUCAUGAACGUGUCCGCAAGAAAUCGCUUGUAACUGGAUGAAGGCAGUUAAAAAUAUUGAAAUAUGAACGUAUCUCACCGUAUGUACAUUCUAGCAGAUCAGCUACGUUUAUCAUAUUUCUUCUUUAAAAAUUAUCCGUAGGAAUCUUGCAGUGCAUAGCAGGUACCUUGGUGGCUACUUUUAUUGAUUUUUUCGUUUUUGGUCCAUGUAACUUUCUGGCAGAUAUCAACGAAUGUGAAGUUCUAACACACAACUGCCAUCCUGACGCCGAAUGUACCAACUUGAACGGUUCUUUCUACUGCACUUGUAACCACGGAUUUCGUGGAAAUGGAACAGAUUGUGAAGGUGCCUGUUUAUAAAAAUUGUGAUCAAACUUUAUUUUUCAGUCAUUGCCUUAUCAAAGCUGUUUACGCUGCAUGGCCUACCUUAUCCGAAAAGAUGCAUUUCAUCGUAACAUCCCAGUUGACCAUGUGACCCCACAGCAUACACCGACACACAUGUUGAUAUCCGCCCAUGAUAUAAAGCAGGAUAUUACAGGAUAAAAUCAAGAAAAUAGUUAAAACAGCUGCAUCUUUGUACUGCUGAUGAAAAGUAAAACAAAUAACUAUUUCUCCAUCUAUUUAGCAUUUUAGCGGUCUUUAAAAUUAACGUUCUCAUAAACAUAUUGGCGCAAUUUCACCAGCACGAUGAUUUUAUUUUUUUAAAGAUUUGGACGAGUGUUCAGGCAAGUCACAUAACUGCAAGGGAUCGUCUAUUUGCAAUAACACGCACAGCGGCUUCAACUGCAUUUGCUUGGCAGGAUAUCGCUAUAAUGGUUCCGAUUGCUGGGGUAUGUAUCUUGCACCAAGUUCAGCGUAAAAGAAAUCUGUCUAAUAAAACCGUGGCUCAAAACUCUUCCGCUCUCGAUUUGAGUACAAAAAUUCUUCAGUGAUGAUGGUUGACGUGGUAUAAGUUUUAAAGAGGAUUGGUUCAACAGUAAAAAGCACGGAGGCCCCCUCAUUUGAAACACUUUUAUCGCUAACUCAGCGGACAUGUUGAAACAGAGUACGAAGUUUCAUCGAAAAUCUAUCGCAAGCUGUAUUUCCAGGGAAUCAGCUUGAUGGUGCAUACUACUGGGGUAUUAAGGAGACAUUUGCCUUGCAACAUUUUUCAUAAGCUUUGCAAUGAUUCUCGAUUGAAAUUCUUGUAUAUUUACACUUUUGGUGAUUUCUAAAAAUGUGGUUCAAUAAUACUGAAAUCACAGCGAUAAACAAGGAGACUGAGUACAGCCAAGGGGCCUGACGUUUUAGUUAUCUAGCUCAAAAUAGUUUCCUUGUUUUGCUUUCCAUUCAACUUUUUUUUUCCUCUUUUACAGACAUCGACGAAUGCAGUGAACAAACACAUAACUGUCAUGAGGUGUACGGUGUCUGCACCAAUCAGGCGCCUUUCUUCCUAUGCACUUGUGCAUUGGGUUCUAAAGGAAACGGAACUUAUUGCGUUGGUUAGUUAAACAAAUAUUUGAUUUCCUAGUGAAGUAAUUGUUUCGAAACAUUUUUCAUUUUAGGGAAGGCAAGCCAGCACUCAUACAAAGUAAAAAACUUCCACGCCACCUUUCAUACAAUGACAUUGGCAUAAGGGUUGAUUUUGGUGUCGUAAACAUUGUUCUAAUUAUCAGUCAAUUAUAUUCUAGUACAGGUCAGCCCAACCAUAUGCAUGAUAUCAUUUCCCUCAAGCUCUAGAUCUCGUUUACAAGAUUGACUUAAAGCUCCCAGCAAAUAACUGGAUUGAGGAAUAUCGAUUUUCCAAUACCACCCAAUUUCAGAAACUUUCCCAGGAAAUAGAGCAAGGGGUACGUAUGUUAUCAAAUAUCAUACCUUUUCCUCCUACUUUUUAUUGUUGUGAAUGAUAGUUCUUCCUUUCCGUCGAUUGUCACCCUCAAACUGUAUGAUGAUAUGUAUAUUUUUUUAGGUUGAUUACGUAUACACAAGUGAUGAAUCUUUCUUACGGAUGUAUGUUGCCGCCCUUCACAACAGGUAUUUGCACUAUGGAAUUUGUUUAUUAAUAAUACCAGCGGCUGCUUAGGGGAGGACACGCUGUGAGGCAUUAGACCGGUUUUAAAUGUUGUUUUCAUUUUAGAGAAUCUAAGAAAAUGUGAUGCAAACGACCUUGAAUGGCGACAAUAAUACCGUGUAUAUAAGAAGGACUUUUCUUCGGACUUUAUUUCAAAGUGUCCAUGUUUUUUGUUGCAUUUUUCGCCAAAUAAGUCAUCUAUUUACUUACUUGUUUCUAGAGCCCUUCUCAUUUCUUCGUUAGUAAACUGAAUGAACUUUUUUUGUCAUACAAAUACUACUUUUACUGCCCUGUGUUUCUUUACGUAAUAUGACAUCGUAUAAUUCCCUUUCCUUGAGUCUUCGUUGCUAAAGAAACGAGGGAUUAAGCACUCGAAUCUGUAAGUAAUAACAAGAAGCUCUAGGGACAUGAGGAACUUAGGGUAAAUGUAGAAUUGGUUUACUUAAUAAUGGACGGUCCCUUCUCUAGCGAUGGGAUAGUACAGGCUGAGCUCUGGAUGGUGUUUACCUCAGAUGCAACACUUCCUAUCAGACCUCUUAACUUAGCAGUAAAGAGAGAAAGACUGAAACACCUUUCCAUAGAAAUGGAUGGCUAUGUUGUCACACAAGUGGUUGGUAAGUUAGAUUUUCAAUGCCAAAAAUGACUAUUUUGUAUAAGCAAAAGAUAAAAAGUUCAUUGAAAUUGUCCAUUUUGCUAUCUAAUAACGAAACAUUUCUUGUUGCAGAAAGAGUCGAUUGUCCGCUUAUAUGUUCUGAAUUUUCGUAUUGUGCAAGAAAUGGUUCUUCAUUUGAAUGUGUUUGCACUCGAGGUUACAAUGGUGACGGACAUGGGUGCAUUGGUAAGGGAACUUUGAUAAACAUCUUAAACAACGAUUGUACGAGAACACAGAUUAGUAUUUUGAAUAUCAGAACACAAACUCCUUACAGAAUAAAAGCUGUCUUUUUACUUUACUCGUUGUUAGACCAGGAUGAAUGUACAGUGAACAAUGGCGGCUGUCAGCAUAUGUGUAUCAACAGUCCACAUGGGAGCUAUCAGUGCUUGUGCAACCAGGGCUUCUUUCUCCAUAGUGACAGGAGACAAUGCCGAGGUAAGAUUCAAAACUACAGGAACUGAUUUCCUGUCUUGUCAUGCAAACUGAAGUCUUCUUUCUCCACUUGCAGCAUCUGAGGGUGAGUCGGCAUAUUGUGCAUCUGAAUGGAGCCAAGACGUCUUGUGGAGUCAUACAGUAGAAAGCAGCACAGACGUCAAAUCUUGUCCACAGGAUCACUUUGGUGGUGAGUUAUAUCUAGAAUGGAGUUAAGGUAUCUUGUGUCGCCUUAGUAUGCUUUACUAGGCCCUGAUAGCCCAUAUUGAAAACUCGUAUGCCACGGUUUCAACCAAUUACAAGUAAAAUCAAAACCAUUGCGGCUUGAAUAAAGGGGGUAAGUUUCUAAAGAAACUGAGGCGCUGUAUCGGUGGAAGAGUAUAACAGGGUAACUUGAAAUUAUCAACUGAGUUGAUAACGUAAAUUGGCCACUGUAAAGGGUUUCAAAGCGUUCUGAAGAAGGGCUAAUGCUCGAAUCGUCAGCUUUGAAACUCUUUACGGAAGCAAAAGUUAUGUUAUCAACACAGUUGAUAAUGCCAUACUACCCUAUUUGCGGUUUGGUUCCUCCCAUAUUUCCUCUUUUUGAAGCUGUUAGUAUAUGUUUACUCUAUGUUCAUCGAUCUCUCGUUUUACAUUGCCUAUGCGAUUUGUGAUUGUUUUUUUUUGCGAAAAUCAAUAGAGAAAUGCUCACUUAUAAAGCUAAUUUCUCCUUGAAUAGUGAAGUGAGUCCAUGGAUUUUUACUAAUAUUGUUCUUGUCUUUAUUACAGUUUAGCUAUAAUAUGUGUUUAUGAUGUUUUUAAUACAAAAUUUAUAGAACAGAAUCAAUGGUUGUAGAUAGAAAUGAGAGAGAUGGUAAGUUUUGAGCUCGGUAAAGAAAUGGUGAAAGAUGUUUAUUUCGUCUUGUCACGAGCGUGGGACAAAGAAAAAAUUCUGAGUCCCCAUGAGGAAUCGAACCUCAGACCUUCGGAUUCCGCGCUCCGAUGCUCUAACCACUCAGCCACAGAGACUCCACGGUGAGCGAGGUCUAUUACGAAGUUCAUAUGACACGCGUCCUGCAUACCGCUAGGAUCAGCAAUUUCGGAAGCGCAAUGUUUGUAGAUAGAAAUAAGAGAGAUGAUAAGUUUUGAGCUCGGUAAAGAAUCAGUGGUGUAUGUAACUUGCUGCCCGAAAGGUACAUUUCUUUCUGUUUAACAGGAGAUGCGCGGAGAAUUUGUUACAGCGGUAUCAGUAGCGGAGUGUGGGGAGUACCAGAUCUCACUCGCUGCUUGACUAAGGCAAUGUAUGAACUCCAACAAAAAGUAAGUGAUUAACUUGUUUAUUUUGUGUUUUCUUUGUUUCUUAAUCUGUUGCAACCCGCGUGCACUUUUGAGGGCCAUACCCGAUGGCGUUAGCAGGGUCUCAAAAUGUCGUACAGCCCCGCCGGCUGCAAUUUAAGUGGAGAAGGGAAGAAAGGAAACGACUGUCAUACACUGAAAUGCUUAUUGACUGACUGUGGUGGGGGCGGAAGGGGAAAAUUUUUAGUCCCUGGCUCUCCCACUUAGUCAAUAACAUAAUAUUUACACGAUUUUUUUUUCAGUGUGGGUGACUUUUUUGUAUUUCAUGACCAAGUAUCUAACACUUUUUAUUUAUUGCUCCUUCUUAACAGUUUUCAAUACUUCUAAAGGGAGAACCCAGCUUUUCAGAUUUGCUGGGCAUUGGAAGGGAACUUCGACAUAUUCUGGACCCAAAAGUUGACAAGAUCUAUGCAGGAGAUAUAUUCGCAGCUGUGGAUAUCAUGAAUGAUUUAAACGAAAGGAUUACGUACUUAAUGAAGAACAUUACCAAAGAUGAAUUAACGAACUUUCUCGAGGUAAAUACGUCGCAUAUUAUUUGUAGAAUAUCAACUAGAGAUGCCACACCGUAAUACCUUCCCUUAUUCUCCUACCCCAGUUUUUCAACUGUUGUUUUGUUAUUACCAUAUAGUUUGUGGAAACUAUUUGCUCUGAUGUUGCAGAUCAUGGGUGAUGUUGUGAGUAAUCUUCUUCACGUAGGAAACAGACAGGCUUGGAACGGAAUGGAUAAGGUAAAAAAUUGUUACCAAAUACACUUUCGUGUUUAUGUACAGCUAAUGGAAUAAAAAUUAUUUUUCGGAACCAGAAGCCCACAACUUUCUCUGAAACUGAUGAAUCAGUUACCGUGAAAAGUCAUUAGCAUUUUUAACGACCAUCAUCAUUGAUUAUGAUCCCAUCGAAUAAGUUAGAUCUCGAAAAUCUGACUCAAUUUUUCUCCAAAAAAAAUUACAAAAAAAGAUUAAGGCAUAGAAAGAGCGUUGCUUUAUUCUACGCGUAUCAGUAUAAAUUACUGAAUCAAAUUUUUCCUGUAGAUUGCGCUUAAGGCCACAGACAUGGUGGCUGCUUUAGAAGAGAGUGUUACUGCUGUAGCUUACCAGCAGGUGCAAGAUAUGUUAAACAACGCCAUUACAGAUCCAGAAAAGUUUCACAAUCUAAGCUUGAGAACCAAAUCGCCUAAUGUUGGUAAGAACCUAAUCAUCAAACUGACUGGAAUAUAUUUUUUUGCCUAAAUUUUACUGUAUAUAUUUGAGAUUUUAAACGAUUUUUAUUUUCGUUAUAUAAUUAUAUCUUCAUGUUUAUGUACUUUGUAUAGAGAUAUCCAUCGAUGUGGUUGAGAUGAUUGAGUUCCGAGGAAUUUUACAUUCACUGAUGUAUGAUCUGUCUGCGGUUGGUGGAAAUGGAUCCAUCAUUCGGAAUCAGAUUUAUUAUCCACCUUCUCUCUUUGAGAAUGCACUAAAGGACAAAUUAGCCUCAGGUGGGCCGUGAUCUGGUGAUAAUGCAACCUGAAUAAACUAAACCACAAAAAAUGUAUGUAGAAUAACUAUUUCAGUUUCUUCCUGAAAUCGAUAGCACCACCACCACAUCUAUUAGUUCACUUCAAAAGCGGCAGCUGACGAACGGCCAAACUUUGAAUUCAGAUAGGUUUACAUGUUUUAUCAUUUUGCCGAUAGUUUCCUAUUUAAUAUGUCGUCCAAGUUUUUCCAGGGCAUUCUGAAAAAUUUUUUCAAGCUUAAGAACAUUAAGCCUGAGAGAAUAAAUGAAACAGGCAAAACCAGGUAAUUGCGCAAGAAAUCUUCGCAGGAACCGAGAAAUUAUUAACCUUUUUUUGUUUUAGGCUUCUAUAGUAGUCUUGGCUGCUUUACUGAUAACGACAAAGACCGCGCAGUGCCAACUAUGGAAGGUACACAUGAGUUAUUGAAAGGAAGCUUCCUCACUCGCACGGAUGCUGUGGAGAAGUGUGCAGAGGUGACAAGGAGUCGUGGUUGGAGGGUAUUUGCUGUCCAAGAUGGCGGAUGGUGCGCAUCAAGUCCUAAUGCGCAGCGAACGUAUAACAAAUAUGGGACCGCUUUGAAUUGUGUCAAUGGCAAGGGAGGCAUGCUCGCUAACGACGUGUAUAUCAUUAAUGGUAAGAAACAACGUGGUGCUGUCUCGCAAAUUACCGGAUUAUUUAAGUGAAAUGAAAUAACACCAUUGUUCUGGUCUUGGAUGUGAAUUUUCGGAAAUACUGUAUAUAGGAAUUAACUUCGUGUUGCAGCAUAUUUAACAAUAGCAAUUGACUCAAAGACGUGCCUCAUACAACAUACAGCUUAAGUUGCCUGUCCUUAGCCGAACUUUGUAUCGGAACCUAAUUCUCGAACAGUACUUAACUCCUAGCAGUGGUUGUGUUUGUGUCAGUCUAUCGUUCUCAAUUAAGACCUUCACUAAGUUUUUGUUUUGGUGUAAGUUCUCGAACAGUUGGCGCUCUAUUAGAAAUACUUUUUUAUACUUGCGAUUGUCGUUUGAAAGUAUUUCUGUCCUCGCACAUCAUGUUUGUUACUCCAAGAUAAAAUAAAAGGCAAGCACAUGCCGCCGUAAAGCCUAAUAGAUAGAUGGCUAGUCGAGCGUAUAUUUUGAAGAAAGUUCUUCAAAGCUAAUUAGCUACUACCUGAUUAACAGAAGAGUGAAGCAAUCUUCUGGUUGUAUCAAACGCAACCAAUAUACUUGAGAACUCAAGAGCCACGAGCCCCUUAUUAAGCACCAAUGCCUCUGAUACCAGCUUGAAAUGUAAAGUUCAACAGAUAAAGAUUAAGUGCAGUUUGCCAUUUAAAAGACCCUUACUUUAAAGAAACUUAGAGAACUGAACUCAUCGAAUACGAUCUCUACCUUUUAAAGAACGUUAGCAAGAUCAGUGGAUUAAUUGAAUGCAAUUUCGAUAACAGCUCGUUUUUUCCCUUGGUUAGCUUACUACACAAGUGUGUCGUCCGUCUUUUACAAGAACUUGGAAGGUUUGCUCACAUCAGAUCCUCUCUUAGAAAUAAGGUGGGAAAACGAUAAAAGUAGCUUUUCAUUACAAAAUAUAACAAUUUUCGAUUGCUUCAUUUCCUAUCAUCUUAUCUUUUUGUACUCGUUCAAAAUGUCCUAUCUAAUGGUGGUGUAUUUUCAGAUCUUUAAAGGAGAUGGGAGCAAAGAAGCCCUACAACAGAUCGGAGCUGAACUCCAUCAUCAUAUCAGGAAGAAUUAUUUCCGAGGAUCACUUUUAUCAGUCCCUUCCAGAGCCAAUUGAGUUGGUGUUUGAGCACUUGGUAAGAAACUUAAGCACUACUUAAAUUUUCUUGCAUCACUUUCCAAUCAUACAGAAUGAGCCAUUGUUUAGCCCACUACAAUGUAAAACACAAUUUUAUGCCUUUUGAUUCUAAUUUUCAAAAGUGAGUUUGAAGCAAAUUUUGUCAGACACGCCAUUUUGCAUAAUCUCGUCACUUGCCCAUUAUUUAGUUUGAGAGCAACGAAUUCCUACCAAACGUUAUAUUUUUUAAUAAAGGGGGAAAGUUUCUAAAAAAACUGUGGUGCUGCGUCGGUGGGAGAGUAUAACAGGGUAAUUUAGUAUUAUCAACUGAGUUGAUAACGUAGAUUGGCCACCGUAAAGAGUUUAAAAGCAGACGUUUCGAGCGUUAGCCUUUCGUCAGAGCGAUAGUUAUAUUUUUUACAUUUCUGUUUUCAGGAUCAGAAUCACACCUCCUCAGGUCUUUGUUGUUACUUCAACAUGGAAUCGACGUAAGUAGACAUCAUCCAAUUUGGAGAUCAAUUCCACAAGCUUUACUGUUUUGGCUCGGCCAUCAACGGUACAACAAACCUUGCAGUGACCAUGCGGACUAUUUGCACUUCCCUUAAGCACUUGAAAUGGCCUCAGUUGGAUUAAUAAAGCCAUUCUGGCACACGUAAAACGUUCACUUGUCAGUUCCCAAAGAUAUAAAUUUAUUUUUCUUUGCAGUGGACCCGACGAUCGAUGGUUUGACGAUGGAUGUUACUUGUACCAUACUAAUGCCACUCACACAAUUUGCCAUUGUUCACAUCUGACUAAUUUCGCUCUGCUUCUGGAUUUAUAUGGUUCUCCGGUAAAGUCAGGACCACGUGGCCUUUUUUUUCCUCUUAUAAUAAUUUGUCACAUUUUAUUCAUUUUAUCAUCCUGAGGGUGUUAAAACAGGCUUUUAUUCCUCUCCGCAAUGUCUAAACGACGCAGAACAGCGUUCCCGAGGUGGAGCCCUUUGUUCAGUGACGAAAAAACUCAUUAGCAAACCACUAAAAAUCUGUUUUAAAGACUGAAAAAAAGACUGAACGAAUAUUGUGACAUUCUGAGGCAAUAGGUAGAUACAUAAGGAAUCAGAUUUCUUCCAAUUAAAGUAUCUUGCAGUUUUUUUUCAGUUGCAGAAUCGAGAUUGUCAAUUAAGAUUGUGAUUAACUGUUAUAUAAACUUCAGUUUUUUUGUUUCGCAUUUUAGCAGAUUUAAAAAUGAAUGACAUUCAAAUUUUUACUCUAAUUUUUUCAGGAUGUCAUUGAGAAAGAUGAGGACUUGAUCUUGUCUCUAAUGUCUUAUGUGGGAUGCGUAUUGUCGUCCGCUUGCUGUUUCUUCUCAGUGUUACUCUACAGCAUCUUACAGUAAGUAGCUACAAUCGAGCAUUGUGCCAUUCCAACUAUCAUGUUAAGGACACUGAUGAGGAAGAAUCAAACAGACCAAAUAUACACACACGUAUAAAAUAGUGUGGUGUCAUAAUGUGGAUGACAGUUUUCAUUCCGGGAGGUUUAAUAUCUUUCCCAGGCCAGUUCGAAUUUUAAACAUCGUUUUCAUUUCCAUUUUCAAAAGUAACGAUAUUUUCACAAAAGCGGCCUUCAUUUGUGGUACUUAAACGGGUGUACGGUGUCCUCUCUUUUAUUUUUUUUCUUUUUCCUCUGUUGUUGUUUUGAUUUUUUUUUUUUUUUUUUUUCACCGAUGGAGAUUUUCGUCGAAAAGACUUAAUCUUAGAGUGAAGAUACUAAAUAUAUCGGUAAGAUUUAUGAACGACGGAUUGAUCAAUAUUGAUUUCAAUACAGAACAAAAAAGUGAUAUCCGCAAAAAAGAAGUGGUUUGUCUGCGGUAAUCUGUGGCGUUUUCUGUGGGACUGUCAUUCAGUUAGGGUGGAGAGCUACAGGAUCUUCUUGGGUAGCUCCAUUGAAGUUUUUGUUCCAUGGAAUGUUUACCCCCUUGCUCUCUUUGCACAACUGUGGUUUUUGAUUUUCGCUAAUCGUGAACAAAACUCGAAAUCACUCUUUAACCGUGAAGUAAUAUUAAACCGGAUAUAUAUGUGUCCUAUUUGGUAAGCUACAUUUGCAUCUAAAGAUAUCUUGUGCUUGUCGAUUUUCAGGCCAUUCAUUCGUUUGUUCUUUUUUCAGCCUCAAGGGAGAUCGUAUACAUGUGCACAAGAAUCUAGCAUUUAACAUGGGAGUUGUUCAACUUCUUUUCUUUUUUGGGACCGGUCAAACUCAGAACAAGGUAGUUAGAUCAAUAUAUGAGAUUCACAAUUCUUCAAUCGAUAAAAUUAUAAGUCAUUUGAAAGCAAUAUGUUCAUUCACAGGAGAUUAUGAUUUUUCAUUGUAAUCCUUCAAUAAGUUAGUGAUUUUGAUGAUUUUUCCUAACUCUGAUUUGUCUCUCGUAGUGGUUGUGUAAGGCUGUGGGGAUCGCGCUUCAUUUUUUCCUCGCUGCCAUGUUUGCUUGGAUGCUCGUGGAAGGAUGGCAUCUCUAUUUAGCCAUCAUCAAAGUACUUUCUACUCAGAAGAAGAGUUUCCUCAAGAGAUACUAUAUAUUGGGAUAUGGUAAGAUUUUAAUUCGCUCAAUUGUUCGCUCUUUGUAUUGUAGGAGUUGAAAACCAACUACUAGUUUAGUUUUCUUUGCCGUCAAGGAUGUAAUGAAGAGAGAACAUAACACUCAGUAGUUUUGCUCUUUAGUUAACCUCUCUGUGUUGAUAGCUAUGCCUUAGAACAUAGUAUGAUGGAGACUAGGUCAGGAUGAAACUGAUUGCAACUAUUCAUUUAGGUUUACCUACAGGCGUGACUGCCUUAUCCAUGGCUAUUUUCUGGGACAAUUAUGGAGUAGGGAAAAUGUGAGUAACACAGUCAUUUCAAUUAAACUGUGCAUCAAGAGAAAUAUCUGUAAAAUGCGGCACGGUUAAAUAAGCAAGAUCCACUCAUUAACAGUUUCAGUUAUUUUCAGUCACCUUAAUGUGUGUUUCACGUGAAAUAGAUAUUACAGAGAAUAUUUUUCUAUGGCGACCAUAUCACAGGACACGUGCAAGUUGCAAAAGGUGAAAAGCAACAUUCAGUGGCUUAAGCCUGGAUUUGAUCCAACUUGUUGUGAUAGGCGGCUCCUGAUUAGUGAUAACCGCUAUUUGAUCAUCUUAGAUCGGGUGGUAAUAGAUAUCUAUUUCGCCCCUUUCCAAGGAGUAAAGUUUCUCAAAGCAAAGGAACGUUUGUAUAUUGAAGCACAAAGCUUACUGACUUUUAAAUUAAAACACAUUCAAUGCGUCGGGCAAAUGAUCAUAAUGUUCAUUUAUGACUAGGAUUUUGUUUUACGCAGUUGCUGGAUGACAGAAAUUGUGCUAGUCUCGCUCUUCCUUCCUCCUGUUGUGGUUGUGAUACUUGUAAGUAUGGAUUUUAAUCUUAUAUUUAAUUGAACUCGUGGGAAAAUCUGCAAUCACGUUAGCAUGGCACCUUGACUCCCGCUACAUCAUGCGUGGACAGGGUUGAAUGGUCUGAGAAUACUCACUUAGUUCAGCGUCACAAGCUUUUAUUAAAUUAUAAUUUUUUUUUAAGACAAAUAUAGUUAUUCUUGGAAUGGUCAUUGGAGUGCUAAUAUCCCCAACAACAGAAAAGCGACAAAAGUACACCAGUGACAAGAACUUUAUUAACAAUAUAAGGUAAGAAUUUAAGCGUUUUUGGAAUUCACAAGACUAAAGUGGAAUCAAAACUUAUCUUUCUUGCAAACUCAUCAUAAUAAACUUAGUUAGUGUGGAUUCUCACCACUGGUCUCCAAUAAACACUCAUUUAAUACCUCACCAUUCGGUAAAAGCUGGACUAAGGAACCUGAAGGAUCGCCAAGAAUUACGGACUACAUUCAGUGAAACAUGAACGUCAGUCAAAGACUAAUAUGAACAGCUCUACAUGAAAGGAAGUGGCCUCCUCAGUCUGAAUUUACUGAAAACGAUAUAUUACGUGGGUACCCUUAAUAAAAACGUUUCUACAAAGCGUGCGUUCCCUUUCUUCUUCACAUUGAAAGACAACGUACUACCUUUACGCAACAAACGUGGGGUGCGAGGAACCAUUGUUACCAACAGUGGUGAUCAAGGUUUAGAUAAAUUACGAGUUUGCUCAAAUUCCACUAAAUCUUUGAUCAGUUAGCUCAAAAACGAAUACUAAGUCUAUCUCAUCUCUAGUCCACUGGUGUCAUUUUUUAUUUAUUCAGUGUACGUAAAGUGGCAAUAGGGACGUUUUUUAGAAAUUUUUUUAGUUUUCCUCCAAAUUGUUAACUCCUUUUUAAACGAAGUAAAAGAACACUCGUCUUUUUCCUGUGAAUGAAAUAACGUAACUCUUGCUUUGAUCACUGCUUGACAGGGUGGCACUGAAGGCAUCUCUGCUUCUUCUACCGUUGCUGGGAAUAACUUGGUUGCUGGGUUUCUUACAAGUAAACUCUGACACAGCAGUUAUGUCUUACGCCUUUGUUCUACUUAGCAGCUUCCAGGUAGCAACCAGUAGAGCAUUUGCAUUCAGACACGUAAAUUUCUUGUAUUACUCUUAUAACGCGAAUUUAUCGACAAUUAAGUCAUUUAUGUUCCUUUGCUAACUUUUUGCCUGAUGUCUUUUCAGGGCGUGUACUUCUUUGUCACUAACGUUGUAAUGGAUCAAGAGGUACCGCGUUUGUUUGCUGUGAUGUGACUGUUGUUGGCUUGGUGCCUUUGGAGUUCGUUUAUUGUUUUGUUUGUUCCCUGUUUGUCUGUUCGUGGUUUUAGUUUCGUUAUUUUGAAGAAGAAUGUAAGUCAAUUCGUCAUGACACUUAGUUUUUCUGUUAUAAUUUAGGUGUGCACUACAUUUAAAAAACGGUUUUUAAAGAAACAUUAUUCCUGGAGUUUCUUUCGAUCCUCUUCAACUCCCAGCGUGCAGGACGGUGUCAGACAAGGAGACAUUUUAGCUGCAUCUGUUAAAAGGGUAAGAGUUAGUCGAGAUUAAUUAACUUUUAAACUUAUCAACAUUAUUACUGUAUUUUCAUAAAUUAUAUGUAAGUACAACUUACAACCUAAAUCAGUCGUUAGCAACCUUCAAGGAGAGUAGUCAAUUGUAUUUAUUUCAACAAGCAAAAUUCAGAAUAAAAUUUGGAGCGGUUUGAGUUGGCAGUAUAUUUGUCCUUCUUAGAAAGGUUUGAAGUUGCUAGCGAUUAAUGUUUCAGAAAAAUUCAAGAAAUACGAGGUGCAGUUAAAUAAACUCAAAUAAUUCAUUGUUACCUUUGCUAGUCUCUUUAUCGCCCCUGCGAGUCCUCUUCUGAAUGUUAAACAGAAGUAAAUUUAUUGUGACAAAGCAAUCCUAGUGCGUGCUCUAAAAGAAAUUGUCAACGUUAAUAAGGUCCAGUAGUGCCGGCCAAGGUUUUCAUUACACUUAAGAAAACAGACUUUGGCCAAACUUGGCUUGUAGGUGGUUUCUUUAUUUAGUCAUAUAUCAAUUUAUUCUAAUCGUUGUAUCUUUAGGCUACAGCCUACUCCAAUGAAUCAUUCAGUUCCCGAAAAACCUAUGAAAAAAGGCAAAUGGAAGGAAGAAGGAACGAAAACAGACUUUAUUCGCCCAACAGUGAUAUAAAAGUAGGUAGACCGAGAUUGUACAACCAAUUAACGUUACAUCUACUUCUACCUACAUGAGCUUACAUCGCCUUCUACCACCUCUUCACGGGUUUUACGAAAUAAUGAAGUGUUUAUGGAGCUGUAGCAUUUCAUCAAUAUGCAGCAUACUGACACUUGCCACAGACACAGGGAAUGUCCACCACAAUGCAGUAUCUUUUGCCAGAGAAUGAUUCAUCAUAAAUUUGUGACUUCCGCAAAAUUGCGUCCAAGUUUGUGUUUUCAAAGUGUCUGUGUCAGGAUUUUUUGGGUCAAGAAAGUGGUGCUUAGGGUUUGGCCAAGAGAAAAUAACGAGACAUUACUUUCUCUUGCUUUUACUCAUGCCCCGAAGAGAGGGUUGACUGUCAACAACUUUUGAUAAAAUCAAUAAAAUCUUAACGAGAAUAAUAAUACUGGCCUAAUAUUUUAAUAAUGAUAUUUCCGGGCAUUACAUAUCCAUAACUUGAUAUCGUGAUAACUUUGGAACACUUCAUAGAUAAAUUAUAACAUCUAUAUGAUAUGUAAAUUCACUUACUUUUAAAAUUUGUUCUUUUAUUGCAGAGACAGUGGCAGGAAAUGAAUGAGUACUGAUUCUUCCUCACUCAAGAUUUCUCAUUCCUUAGAUCCCUAGAUAUCUAUAAUUGUCAAUCGUACAGCACUAUGUUGCACAAUUGCGUUAAGGCUUUACUUUGCAGUUUUAACCAUGUUGCUUUCCGUUUAGUCCUAGAAAUUAGGUUUGCCGUCUCUAGUUCAUUUACUCUCUUCCUCUCUCUCUCUCUCUCAAGAUAUAAAGUACACCACUUUUGUAACCUUUUGUCUCUUAAGUGAUAUUUCGUUGAGGAAUGCAGAAAAUGUCGCAUCUAAAGCAUGGAUGGGUGUAUCAAUGUUUUGUUCGUGUUAUGUUAAAAUUUCAAAAGAAUUAACGCACCUUUUUUUUUUUUAUUCACUUUUCAAACGUGAAAUGUAACCUUU